AGGUACCUAUGGGGCUUUCUAAGUGUCACCUAAAGUAUCAACACUACUAUUUUAAAGGUGAUUAUUAUUCUGUUAUUUCCUUCUGUUUUAAAAGUGCUACAUUUUCUAUUUAUUUGUACAACUCAAUAACAGUAUUAUUGUCCCUGCAACUUAUUUAUUAGUGAUGUAAACAGUAAGGCAACUAUUUUACCAUAUGCUUCUUUUUUAACUUUUCUGUUUUUUAAAUUUUGUUUUUCAGUUGGACCACGUAUUGUUCAGUAUAUUAUAAAGGUGAUCAUGCAAGCUCUUCAGCUUUUUUACGUGUUGUUGAAGAUGGACACACCUUCCUAUAUUCUCCUUCAGGUGAGAAACGCUUAUUAAUGCAUUCGCUUUUUAGAAGUAGUUUUCUGUAAAGAAAACAAACAUUUUGCACUCAUAGUAACUAUUUUCCAUAUGCAACACUUUCAGUUUUAUAACAUUUUAUAUUACUAGUGGAAGAUUGCUGUGCACAGUAUGGCAUGUGGCUAACCUCCAGGCAGACCUGAAUUAUCUUUUUGGGUCACUGCUGCCCCACUCAGUUUAAUGAGUCUGCCUGUCUAUCUAUAUUGAUUAGCAACAACAUUAAAGCCACUGACAGGUGAAGAGAAUAACAUUGAUUAUAUUGUUACAAUGGCAACUGUCAAGGGGUGGGAUAUAUCAGGCAGCAAGUCAGUUUUUGAAUUUCAUGAGUUAGAAGCAGGAGAAAUGGGCAAGCCAAAAGAUCUGAUUGACAAAAUAUUGAUGGCUAGACGACUGGAUCAGAGCACCUACAAAGUUACAAGUCUUGUGGGAUGUUCUCGGUAUGCAGUGGUUAGUACCAACCAAAGAUGUGCAAGGAAGAACAACCGGUGAAUCCUUGUCAGGUUCAUGGGUAUCUAAAGCUCAUCGAUGUACGCAGGGAGCAAAGGCUAGCCUAUCUGGUCCACUACUGUAGCUCAGAUUGCUGAAAAACGUAAUUCUGGCCAUGAUAGAAAGGCAGGGCUGCCAUCAGGGGGCGACAACCAUAAUGGGCCCCCCGAUGGGCCCUAUAAUCUUCAGGGGCCCGGUUAGCGCUGCGGCCGGGUAAUUGCGCGACCGGGCCCCUUUAAAAAAAGAAUUGCGGCUGCACUGCAAAUGCUGCUGGGAGGAAGUGACCGGCUUACUCCGCGCGCGGGGAGAGCGGAGGCCAGGAGAGGACACCAGAGGCAUCCACUCCCAUCAUCCCCAGCCACACUCCUGCAACUUUAAGGUAAGAGGAGGGUGGCUGAUAAAUGAAGUGUGUGUAUAUGUAUGUAUGUAUGUCUGUAUAUAUGUCUGUGUGUGUGUAUGUCAGUAUGUAUAUAUGUCUGUGUGUAUGUCAGUAUGUAUAUGUAUGUCUGUGUGUAUGUCAGUAUGUAUAUGUAUGUGUGUGUGUGUGUGUGUGUGUGUAUGUCAGUAUGUAUGUGUGUGUGUGUCAGAAUGUAUGUAUGUCUGUGUUUAUGUCAGUAUGUAUAUAUGUCUGUGUGUGUGUGUAUGUCAGUAUGUAUGUCUGUGUGUGUGUAUGUCAGUCUGUGUGUGAGUCAGUGUGUGUGUGUAUGUCAGUAUGUAUGUCUGUGUGUAUGUCAGUAUGUAUAUAUGCCUGUGUGUGCGUUUAUGUCAUUAUGCAUGUAUGUCAGUAUGUGUGUCUGUGUGUGUAUGUCAGUAUGUAUGUAUGUAUGUAUGUCAGUAUGCAUGUAUGUCUGUGUGUGUAUGUCAGUAUGUCUAUAUCUGUAUGUGUGUGUGUGCCAGUAUGUAUAUAUAUAUGUCUGUAUGUAUGUAUGUAUGUAUGUGUGUGUAUCAAUUUCUGAUGGCGGCCCUGUAGAAAGGUGUCAGAAAACGCAGUGCAUUGCAGUUUGCUGCGUUUGGGGCAGCAUAACCGAAGACCAAUCAGACUAUCCAUGAUGACCACUGUCAUCACCAAAAGUGCCAUCAAUGGGAACUUGAGAGUCAGAAGUGGACCAUGGAGCAUUGGAAGAUGGUUGCCUGGUCUGAUGAAUCACAUUUUCUUUUAGAUCAGGCCGAUGGAUGGAUGCGUGUGUGUCAUUUACCUGUGGAAAAGAUAGCAGGAGGUGUCAGGUUAAGAGUAUGAAACCUGAAGUGCAGUACUUGCUGUGAUACAAAAGUCCAAAGCAUACAAAUCCAGAAAGGGCAAAGCAAAAGCAAGGUCAUGCAGUCCAAAGCUCAUAUAUCCAGGCAGCAAAGGUUCAGAAGUGAAGGAGCAAGCCAAAGGUCAGGUAACCCAGGAGAGUAAAACAAUAACACAGGUAGUUGAAGGGAAGUAGCACAGAACAACUGAGCAAUGAUAGUUCAGCUGUUCACAGUUUAAAUAGGGUGCCUAACUAUUGACACAUCUAUUCUGAAAGGCCUCCUAAGUACCCUAUUGGUAUAUGGACUGUCAGUAGUCUGGGGUUGUCUGUGGAGGUAAUAUGUCAUAGCUGCACCCACAGGGCUGUCCUACUGCCUGCCUCUAGCAUUCGCAAACGCAUGCGUUUGGGAGGCCGCUACUCGGAAUUAUUGCCGGAGCAGCGAGGGAAGAGAGGUAAGUCGUGACAGCAGGAUGCACAUGGGAAAGAACGCACGCCGGCAGAGGCAGUGUUAUGACCUGGACAAUGUUCUACACAUGCUCCAUACAUUGAUGACAGUAUCUUAGCUACAUAUAACUAACUAACAGAUACAACAGAUACUUGUACUUGUAUAGGCAUCCCCCCUUUGAUGCUUCUGAUACAAAGUACUCCAGAUGCAUCACUUACAAUUCUUUGCCAAUACCACUCAGGUAAUUACAAAACAGGGGACACCAUGUGAGCAUUCUAGCUGAAUUUUAUGAAUUCUCAGAACUUACCGACCUGAUUACAAAUGAUUUCUCUUUUGGCUAGAGGUUCAUAUCUCCAGAUGGCCAUUACGUGAGCUGCUGUCUUCCUUUCUAUAGUGCUCUCAAUAACACUACGUAUGGACCGAAUUAUUAAUGGAAUCAAGCAGGGUAAUAAGAGGCAUAAGAUAAUAAUAAAUACCACUCCUCCUACCAGUGCUUUUAUUCCUCUAAACUGUUCAUAACAGCUUCCAAACCAACUACCUGGAUUAUACCCGUUCCAGAUCUGAGUAGGUACGUUAAUUUAACCAUGUGGCUGGUAAGGUCAACCACAGCUUGUCCUUCAUCAUCUAUAUUCAGACAGCAAUUACUAAGAUUAAACCUUCUGCGCACACCUCCUACUGCGAAUAAAUAGUCAAGAGCCAGCCUAUUUUGGUAAAUGGCUGACCUCAUACGGGUAUUCUAUUUUGCCAGGAGGUUAGGGGCUAUUUAUUGGUUAUAAACCACCGCCUGUAAUCUUAUGAUGAGCAUGUAUAUGGGGGUUCGGUAACCAUAAGUACCAUCUUCAGUCCAGGUAGCAGGUCCAUAGUAAUAAAUAAUUCGCUGGGGUGGGCAUUCAUCAUCUUCCCAAUUACCUAUAUUUAACGAUUCUCGCUUCUUCCUAUGAUUUACAUCAUAGACCUUAACUCGCAAGGUCUCUCCUGUUUGGAUUGGUAACAAAAAAGAUGGUUUGAGCAUACCUAACACACAUGCCCCCGCCCAAUCUUGUGGUAAUUCUGAAUAUGCCACAAAUCCAGUAUACAUUUUCUGGAGCUCUCCAGCUAGAUGUAGCCGAUAGAUCAAACCAUACCUCUCUUAAAUUGGGUGUAAUUAACAAAUGGAUUGGUAGGCUCUGAGACAUUUGAAGCUGACCACCAGGUAGUAUUAUGGCUACUAGCAUUAUAUGCUUUCCUCCCUAGACAAAACAACUCACCUACAGGUGUGUUAUACAUUGGGCUUCCCCUAGCUAAGCAUACAUGACCGAUUAUGGAUAUUUUUAAUUGCCAUUCCGAUUUUUCCCGUAUGGGUGCUUGAUUACUGGAGUGGGAAGGCAUCUGUUGCUCAUUUGUCUCAGAACCAGGGUACCAUAUUUCUCUUGCUCCCCAUGGCCAUUGGUCUCCCAUAUUUGUACCUCCACAUACAAAGCAGUUAGUUAUAUUAAGACUACUUGCAAAACUCUCAGCCAGAUCAAUAAACAGGUUCUUAACAGUGUGGGGAACUUUAUCUUCAACACUCAUCUCCUCAUAAAAGGAAUGGAAUACCUGAUGAGUUUGGGCAUUCAGGGUCUCGAUUUCAAGGCCUAUAUAUAGGAUGGCUCCUGGGUCUGUCCCUGUACCAUAUAUAUUUGGAAACCGAAAAGAUUCCUAAACUUAUUAAUAAAUCGCUGUGGAUUAUAAAUUGUCAUGUGUACAGGAUACACUCCAUUGAUUUACAAGGAGGAGUAGUAGGUAACCUCUGAAUUAUCAGAUCUUGGUCUACUGUUUUUUUCCCCAGGUCGCCCACCCUACACAUGACCAAUAUGGGCAAAAGUUGAACUCCCUAUUUGGACAAUCAGGGUCAGUAGGUCUUCUACUAGGGUAUAGAUAUGAAUCAUUAAACCCAUAGGUUCGUUCCCACUUAAGAUUACCACAUAUGCUCCAAGGUGUCAUGACAUGAAGGGGUGCUGCCCUGAGACAGCACUAUCCCUUUAAAUGUGGGAACCAAUUUAGCAAAGAAUAAAGGCAAGGACACAAUGAAUAGAAUAAGUCAAGAAAUGUAUAUUAAAGGGAACCAAAGGACAAAAGAUAACAAAACAAUAUGUAAUAAAUAUAUACAAAGUCACAGAAUAAUAAUUACAAUAAAUCAGGAUAACCACAAAUUGGGCAGGCAGAGUAUACUUAAAUAGUCCUUUGGUAUAAAGAAUGUAUUUGGGCAGGAUUGUGCGGCCACCACAGAAAUAGGUGGGACACAGAUCCAGAGCCACAAAACAAAUAUAUAGCACCAGGAAGCAAAGCCCGAAGCAGGACAAACGAACAAGGCUGCAGGGUCAGGAUCACUGGAAAUACGGCAGGAGACAGGAACACUGAACCAUAACACAGGAUUGGGAGGCACAGGAACGCAGAACCAGGAGGACACGGGAACACAAGACACGAGAACUCAGGACCGGGAAACACAGGACACAGGAUCAAGAAGCGAAGAGUCAGAAUCUCAGGAACCAGGAAACAAGAACCACGGAACAAUAAACAGGAGACAAGAGACAAUGAUCUGACAAGGAGUGAGGGGAGAAACCAGACUAUAUAGGUGCUAAACAAGGACCAGGUGAAGUGCUAAUGAAAAGAAAUUAGGAACAGUGCCAAACAGUGAUAGUGGUAAGUGUGGGUACUGCACAAGGGCAAAUCAACUAAGGAGUGUCGUGACACAAGGUUUUCCACUACCAGAAAUUGCUUUGCAUGCAUCGAAUAGUAGGAUGCCUAAGGAAGAAGUGGUACUUAGCAAAGUUUUAUUUUUCAAUGCCCCCUGAGAGUAGGUAUUUCGAAGAACCAGCCAGAUUGUUCAGGGUCGGAAUUGGGGAUCAAAGCACUUGGGUUCACCUGACACUGGCUGACACACACUAUAAUAAGUGUCCAAGUAUCUACAUUUAGACACAGAUCCUUUACAUUCAUAAUGUGAGUGCUAAAUAAGAGUUUGGGAUAUCUGGUUACCUGUUUUUGUAGUCGACUAUCACAGCCUUGUAUGUCGUCACCUUUGCAUUCCGUUUAUAUAAUAAAAACACUAAGACACACAAAGAAAUACAUUAUAAUGGAAGUCUUCAUCCACAUUUUCAACCGUGCAACGUCACCUCAGCUUCCCACUUGUGAGGGCUGCAAGGAAUGUUGUUCGUCUGAUCUUCUCUUCCCUUCACAGAGGUCCCUGCGAGACACUCUGGCUAGGAAACGUUGGUAGGUGGUCAGGCUUUAUUAUGGCCGUCAAAACACCUACUUUCUGCUCUCUAUCUUUCUCAACCACAGGUUUUUGAAGAUUGUCUCGUACUUCCUUAUGUCACUUCAGGGACUGCUUCUUUCCCAGUAGCUCCUAUUACAGUAAUAAUAGGGAGGGCCUACUAAAUUGGUCACAACGAAUUGUUCAGCACAAGUAUCAAUCAUGAAGGGACUUUUCUUUUCCCCUAUUGUUACUUCGACCAUAGACUAUGCUCGGCCAAGGGGGAUGGAGCCUGGUCUGUAUCAAUAGUCCUCCAUGACUGUAUCAGCCAGACCCACAAAGUCCCUAUCGUCCCUAUCCCUUGGAUAUUAUCUACCUUCCUGGACGUCUCCUCUGUUACUACUGUUGCUCCCGCCAAGACUUCCUCUUCCUCUAUAGUCACCUCUUUAACCACCUCGUCCCCUUUUCUCCUCUUGUCUAAAACUUGCUUUAUAUCCCCUCUGUGGUCAGUCAAUGUCCAAUGUCCUUCCUCUCUGCAAUACGCACAUUGAUUUCUGCCUAAUGGUAGCCUGUCAAUCCUAUUCUCACCUCCCCUUUCUAUCUCCCCUCCCUGUCUACCCACACCUGUAAUAGCAACUGCUAACAUAUCUACUUUCUUUUUCAUCCUUCGUUCCUCCUCACGCUUCGUUUCAGCUUCCCUAUUCAUAUAAACCCUGUUUGCGAUUUCCAUAAGCUGUGUUAUGGACAUCCCUGCAAAUCCCUUUAACUUUUGCAAUUUCCUUUUAAUGUCACUCUGGGCCUGGCUGACGAAUGCCGAAUUAAUCAUACAAGAAUUUUCAGAGGCUUUAGGAUUAAAAUGGGUAUAAAGUCUGUAGGAUUCAAGCAGUCUCUCAUAAAAGGCACUAGGAGAUUCAUCAGUUUUUUGUAAUACUUCAGCUGUUCUUGACAUGUUUAUAGCCUUUUUCCCACCUGCUUUCAUGCCUGUAAUAAUGGCUUGUUGGCAAGCUUUUAAAUGAACCAUAUCAGCACCGUUUAUAUUCCAGUUAGGAUCCGUAUUGGGGAAAUGGGCAGUAGCCCAAGCUGCUGAAUUUGCUUGGUUUUGAGUACGGGCAGUCUCCUCAAGAGCUUUAAUGGCCGCUUGGUUAAUACAGGUCCUUGCCCCAGAAUUAAAUAGAGUUAAUAAUAACUGCUGACAAUCAGCCCAAGUAGGGUUGUGGGUUUGUAUGACAAUAGGUCUGUGUGGUGGGUUGGUCUCAUUCUUGUGUAUUUUUGGUAAAAAGUAUAUAACUGGAAUUUUUGGAUGAUGUAUAUUUAAAUAAGCAAAUUAUUUUUUGUUGAGGAUACUGGAAUUUAAGCCUUUGGUUAAAAAUGAUAAAAGGGAGUUUUGGAUGGUAUGGGUUGGGUCUGAUAGUAGCUUGUCAUAUACUUUGGGGUCAUUGAGCUGUCUAAAUGCUUAUUUGAUGUACAUUUCUUGUGAGAGUAUAACUAGGCCACCCCUUUUAUCUGCUGGUUUGAUGACUAUAGUGUCAUCAUUUUUUUUUUAUUUUUUUUUUAUUCUUUCUUUUUGGUAUGCAGGUAAUUACAACAGUGCCUGUGCCGCCACAACAGCAUUAACAGGCUCGACUGUUGUAGACAUAUGAUAGCAGUAUUGUGGCAAGUUGGAUAUGCAUAAAUUUUUAUUUUUUUUUAAAGGUGAAAAAGGUAACGAUACAGCAACCAAGCUUUUAAAAAUAUGGUUUAAGCUAAAUUAGAGUGACUAGCUUACGGUAUCAUGGUGAGAUCGACAGCCUUGUAUACUUAUGAGAAAACAGUAAUGUACAAUUCGCUUGCCGUAUUUUAAAGCGCACAAAAUUUGGUUAACAAAGCAGGCUAGACACACGCUGGUUAGACAUAGUGAAUUCCUUGAUUGUUUGGUAACAAUAGCUUAGGAUUAGUGAUUAUAGUGAGUGUCAACGCUACAUACUAUAUGAAAAUCUUCUGGGCAGCGAAUUGACAUUCAUAUAGCUGGUUUUGGUGCUCACUGUUUGCUGAAGGGAGGUUAAAUGCUGGGAGUUUUCAGUGGUGGUGAGUUUGAGUUUCCCGAUGCGGUCUGUGAGGCCUCUUAGGUCCCCGCAGACUGUAGCUAUGUCCGUUGAGAUGUUUCUUUGGAGCUCGGCCAGCAUCACCUGUAGAACAGUUUUUGUCACCGGGGAUGCAUCUGGGCCCUGUGGACUCCGUAUGGGUCUCUCUGGUGCCGGCGGGUAUUCCUUUUCGGCUCCCAGUGAGUCGUCUUCAGAGAAAUCCGAGCAGCCUCCAGUGAUGGUGGCCAUCUUGGGCCCAGUGGCGCCAUGUGCCUGCCGCCAUAGGUCCCCGAUUGUGAGCCCGAGCUGGGCUUGUCUGAUCUGGGCUUCUUAGUCUUGCGUCCCAUCUUGGUCUAGUUGGCCUGGGGGGUCCCACUAAACACUGUGGGUGCGGUUAAAUAGGUUAUAUCACCCGAUUUUGGCCAAUUUGGUCGGGGGCUCUAGGAUCAUGCGACCAGUCGCUGCAGCAGUCAGGCUCCGGCUCCUAGUGUCUUCUUUUUUAAAGGUCUGUAAGGGCUUUUCUUUCUUGAAAGGUUAGGUUGUAUUGGUUAUAUUUAUGAUAUUUAUGGGUUUUUGUUUUGGAGGUUUUAAUUUUGUCUAAGUCUUGCUUUACCAAAUUCUCAAAAACUUCUAUCGGGCCUGAUUUGAAACUUAAAGGGUAAAAAAUAGAUUUGUUCUUAAGGGUGGUGUUUAUUACUGGUAUCUCCUCAUCAGUACAUAGUGGUGUGGGGGAAUUAUUGACUUUGCCAUGGUUAAUAGAUUGAUUGUCAAUUAUGCUGCAAAAAAAUCUUUUAAGUGUAGCUUUUCUAACAAACUUGUUUAAAUCUAAAAAGGCUUGGAAUGGUUGAUAGGGAUUGGUAGGUGCGAAUUUAAGGCCCUUAGUUAAAACCGAAAUUUAGGUAGUAGUUAAAUAUUUUUGGGAAAGGUUAAAAAUUCCAUGAGGGUUAUCUGUAUUAGUUAGUGUCUCUCUAGUCUUUCUUUUUUGAAAUCUUCUGCCACUUCUCCUUCCUCUAGGCUUAGAUUUCUCUUUUUUGUUCUGGGUAGGUAAGGUGUGGCAGCAAAUGGGUUUGGGCCUAGUUCUAAAAAAUGAUCCUCAGUGUCUGUGUCCAAAUCUGUGGAUAAUACUUGGUAUCUGUUGGGAUGGUGUAUAGAGGGUAGAUGAGGGGGUGUAGUGGGAUGGGAGUGUUUGAAUGUAUGUCUGAAUCUUUGAGGUCUGCGGGUGAGGUCAGGUCUUUGUGGGAUAGUCAUGAGUGGGACAGGUUUGGUGGGCCUGGGUUUGGGAUAGUUGGAAUAGGAGGGUGAAAGUCAAAACCCACCAAAAGCUCUACAUCUAAACCACCCGAUCGCCUAAUAUUUCUACAACCCCGUAUCAAUAGUCAAUGGUUAUGGUACUGUCAGUGGUUAUGGUACUGCCACUGGUUAUGGUAUUGCCCGUAGUUAUUGUGUCAGUAGUUAUGGUGUCAGUUGUUAUGGUGUCGGUGAUUAUGGUAGGUCAGUAAUUAUGGUGUUGUAAGUGGUUAUGGUAUUGUCGGUGAUUAUGGUAGGUCAGUGAUUAUGGUAUGUAAGUGGUUAUGGGGAUAGGGGGAUAUGUUGUAUAUUGGGGUACUUUUCAUACUUUAUAAAAAUGUGUUUUUUUUCUGCCUUGAGAUAAUUGAGUUACAUACAGGACUUGACUCAAUUAUCUCCCAGGCUGAGGGGAGGGAUUGUGUGUAAUGUGUGGGAGCAUCACCUGCAUUAUCAUUGGCUUGUAACAAUUGUCAACCUGUUCCCCACAAGGUCCAGGUGGGUGUUCCCUUGCAUGGGGACUUGUAUAUAAGGCCAGCUGUGGCACCAUUAAAAUUCAUUUCCUGCUUAACCCUCAACACGUAGCCUCAUCUUGCGCUUGUAGGGAACCUGCUUCACAACUAUAUCACAAGCUCUUAUAAGAGCUUCACAGCUAUACUCUCAGAGGUUGGUCCAGGGUGGGAGAAGACGACGAGAUUCCAGCUAAGCUACGGCGGUUGUGGAGUCUUCAGUGUUUGUGGAGUCCGGUGCAGUGCUUACAGUCCUCAGCGUCAGCUAGGAAGCAUCUGUUGGCGGAGAUGCCCUGUCAGGGUGCCAGGUGAUCCAUUAGUGUGUAUUAUGCAUGCAUGUAUUGACAUUGUGUGCAAGCACUGGCCAUCUUAAAAAUACAGUGUGAGACCUUCAAAUGGUCUUGGCAGAUACACAAUAUGGCCAAAAAUAUGUGGACACUCCUACUAAAUAUUGAGUUCUGGUAUUUCAACAUCAUGCAUUGCAAACAGGUGCAUAAAAUCCAGCUGCUAUGGCAAGGGUGCCUAAUUUAUUAUUGCACUGUGGAAUAUUGUCCUUUAAUGUAAUUUGUAUAGUACAUUAAGGAUCUGGCGGCCUGGAAGAGAUGCUAUUGUCAAUGUCAAAAGGGGUUAAUCUGAUUGUAUGGAGGUCGAAAAGGGUUAUAUCUUUUGAAGCCGGGACCCCCCCAUAGAGGUCAGAUGACAGAAGGGAUAGUGUGAAUGGCAUACGAAUGUCAAAUCGGAUUUUACCAUAUGGAUGGGAAUUAAUCAAGGCUCUGCAGGGUGUGAGAUCCUACACCUUUAAAAGCCUAAAUGUCUAGCUGGCUUUAGCCAUUUUGCUGUACUUUGUAAUUGAUGAGCCUUGUUCCAGAAAAUAAAACAUUCAUAUUUACCCCAUAGAAUAAUAAUUAAGCCUCAUUUGUGUUUUAUUUGGAAUGUGACAAGCGCCAUCUUCUAAACAAACCCAAACAUGAGUGGCCUAACUUGACCAUAGAGGAAGUAAUUGUGAUGUUCGCCAUAUUGUGUCGCCUGUACGACGUGCAACAUCUCUAUAGAAUGGGAACAUAAUAACAAAUGCAUAGAUGCAAGUAUUAUUUCUGUGGCAGGUACAUAAGAAAAGAUAGAGCCAAAUGUUUCUAUUUGCAUUAAUGUGGAUCUGGACACAAGGGGUGGUCACUUAGUGUCUCUAUAGAUACGCCUUAACUCAACCCCUGGGCAAGACUUGAUAAUCCACAGGGUAUAUAUCCAAUGAUUUGGCAGGGUGUUGGUGUACUUGCUUGGGGUCAGAAUCUAAUUUCUAAGUGAGUCACUAUCUUUCCUACCAGAGACCCCUUGGGGGAAAAGUGCUACUUUUUUUUGAGUAAGUGAUUAGGAUUUCUGUUAUUUUAUCCUUUUUUGUUUAUUAUCUGUUGUUGGUGUAAAUAAUUUGUUUAUCAUCUGUUUUUUUGUAUGCAUUGUGACUAUUAUUUUUUGCUCAUAAUAAAUAUUCCUUUAUUAAGUUUUGCCUUUGUUUGGUAAAAGAAUCACGUUACCUGAAGAGACUAAUUAGUAUUUUGCAAUUACAUAGAAAUUGUACUAAGUAAUAUUUGGUGGGUUUUUAUUAUUACUAGGCACCCCAUUUAUAAAUUGUCAGUGGUGGCAGCGUUAAAAUAGUAACAGUUAUCAUGGGCGUCCACGGGAGGCGGGGGGGUUUCAGCUUAUUCUGCUAUUAUUUGUGUGAGAUUGAAAAUACAGUGCAAUCCCGUCGCCGGCCAGUAGGUGGCGCUGUGUAUGAAGAGAGACAGGGAUAGGAAGCUGCAUCUUAUCCCUGCAUCUCUCUGCUGACUGAAACCCCAUGGGAGCAGCACAUGCAGGCAGAGAUAGCCUACAGAUCAGGGAAGUGAGGCAUGGGGGGGGAGGGCGCAGAGAUAGCCUACAGAUCAGGGAAGUGAGGCAUGGGGGAGACAGCCUACAGGAAGGGUCAGCAAGGACCAGGAAGGUAAAGUAAGAGAAGGAGAAGGAAUAAAAAAUGAGCUGGAAGGGACAGCAAGGAGCACAACAGGUAAAGUAAGAGAAGGAGCACAAAGGAACAGGAAGGGUAUGCAAGGAGCUUGAAGGUAAAGCAGCACAAAGGUAAAGAAGAAGGAGCAGAAAGGGUCAGCAAGGAGCAGGAAGGGACAGAAGGAGCACAAAAGUGAAGUAGGAGCAGGAAGGGUUUGCAAGGGGCAGCCAGGAGUAGGAAGGGUCUGCAAGGAGAAGGAAGUGUCUGCAAAGAGCAGAAAAGGACAGAAGGAACACAAAGGUAAAGGAGCAGAAAGAAUCAGAAGGUGCACAAAGGUAAAGUAGGAGAUGGAGUAGAAAGGGAUCAGAAAGAGAAAGGAGCAGAAGGGGGAGCACAAUAAGCAGAAAGUAGCAGAAAGGUAAAGGAGCAGGAGGAGCCAAGGAGGAUAGAAGACAGUGUCAGAAGAAAAAGAAGACUGUGUCAAAUGAAGGAGAAGAAAAUGAGAAUGGAGCAGGAAGGACAAGUGAAGUGAACCCUUCACUUUAUUAUGGACACCACAUCAUAAGGCUUUAGUACCUGGGCCUGGCAGGGAAACUUUGGACCUUCUCAUCUCCCCAGAUAAAAAGAAAAAACAAUGUUAAUGUGUUCAUUUUUAUUUACUGAGUGUCAGGAAGCACAGAGGGCCGCUGGGGAGGAGUGUCGCUGAUUGGCUAGAGCAGUCAGCUGGCACUCAAAGCCAAUCAGUAGCUCCCCAUUCAUAAAAAAGUAAAACAUUUUUAUGAACUGGAAACUAGCGAUUGGCUUAGAGCAUCAACUGACUACUCUAGCCAAUCUGUAGCACCCAUGCCUGACGUCAGUCUGCACUUCCUGACACUCCAUUUCAGAAGCCGUAUACCACUGAGCGACCUGGAAAUCUGGAGCUGGAGGAAGCCUUUGGGGUUAAACCAUUUGCAAGCGGUUUAACCCCUUAAAGGAAAGAGAGCACCCAGGGGCUUCCAGGCAUUAUUGCAUUUUCAUUUAGAUUAAGUUGUUAUGGUGACCAGAAUACAAACGUAUUCCUGACACCAUAGUUGUGAAAACGCUAUUCACCCUGGCUUUAUGUGAUAAUGACUAUGCUCCUCCCCUUCAUGACAUUGUCGAAAAGGGACCAAGCAUGAAUGUCAUUACAAUUAUGCCCCCCCCCCCCGGACAAAUUCCUGCGGACGCCCAUGACAGUUAUAUUAUUAUGUUUAAGUGUGGGUGGUGUUAAGGAGGAUUUUGUCAUUAUUUCCGGUCUAGUGCAGACAAAUAGUGUAUCUUAACCCUUUCUUCACCACAAAUACGUCACGCACACUCUUGAAGUAGGGUGCGUUUGUGACUCCAGCCAUGAAAACUCCCUAGAUAAGCAUUGGCAGUACAUUGGGUCGUAUUGAAGAAAUCUGUGACAUUCAACAUUGCAACAGUCUUUUUGUGAAAUUUCUGCCUCAUUAGAUCUGCCCUGGUCAAAAGUUAGUGCUGUUAUUGUGAAGUGAAGUAUUCUAGGAGCAACAACCAUCCAGCCAUGAAGUGGUAUAGCAUGCAUACUUACAUAGCUCAAGUUGCAUUACUCACUUCAAAGUUCCAUACUGCUUCUGGAAUCAACCUCAGCACAAUGACUGUGCAUCAGGAGCUUCAUAAAAUUGGUUUUUAUCAACCCUAGUUACCACCUUUGGUAUGAAUUGAAUUUAAGAUUGUGAACUAGACCUUCUUGAACUACAUCAGUGACUGACGUCACAAAUGCACUUUUGGCUGAAAGGGCAUUGGGAAGUUCCACAGACACAAUUCAAAAUAUUGUUAAAAGUUUUCCCAGAAAAGUAACAGUUAUUAUAGAUGGUAUAUGUGCCCAUGAUUUUUGGAAUGGUGUGUCCAACAAGCUCAUAUAGAUGUGAUGGUCACAUAUUUUAGGCCCUGCAGUGGCAGUGUAAGUCAACAGUGAACUAAAAAGGUAUUAAGGGGUAUGUAUUCAUUGCUGGAUAAUACAAGAUGAGACUAUAUUACAUGUAUUUUUUCAAUAGUAUUCCAGUUUCCCUUUACAUAGACAAUGAUAUAUAAGGCACCCAGAACCAUUGUCAUUCCAUAGAUUAUGACAUUCAUUAAGUAGUUUAAUUGUGAAUAUUGGAUCCUGACUUUCAGCUUUAAAGGAACACUAUAGGGUCAGGAACACAAACAUGUGUUCCUGACCCUAUAGUGUUAAACCCACUAUUUAGGUGGCUUACCCUCUCCUUUACCCCCUUAACAGCAAAUAAAACUGAUCUGCCUCCUUAGUGACAUCAUCAGAAUUGCAUUGGAUUGGCUAAAAUCGGCAAGGAGGUGGGAUGGGGGUGAGGCCAAACACCAUUUUGGCCAAUUAACACCUCCUCAUAGAGAUGCAUUGAAUCAGUGCAUCUCUAUGAGGAAAAUUUAGCAACCCCGUGCAGAGCGGAAGACGCUGAAUUCAGCAACCCCAUGCAGAGUGGGAGCACUGCCCCAGGAAGCACCUCCAGUGGCCGUCUGAGGAGUGGUCACUUGGAGGUGUUCCUAGGGGGGAAAAAGCAAUGUUUGCAUGACAAUACCUUAACCCCUUCACGACCGCUGACGAUUCAGGAUUGUCAUCAGAAAAAUACCUCUGAGGACCGAUGACGGUCCUGAACCGUCAUAACGGUAAUACUUACCUGAUCACCACCGUUCCCCCGGCGGUGAUCGGCGGUGCUACCGGUGUGAAGGGAUUGCCAGAUGGCGAAUUAGGACCCCCGCGGCCAUGUGAUCGCUCUAACAUAGCAGUCACAUGGCCGCAAUAGGUGCCUGUGUAUCUGCCUGAACGGACAGCCAGUCUCCCUGCAUGUGUAAAAAAAAAAAAUUGUUAAUAAAUAAAAAUAUAAUUACAUAUGUGUGUGUGUAUGUAUGUAUGUAUGUAUAUAUAUAUAUAUAUAUAUAUAUAUAUAUCUAUAUAUGUGUAUAUAUCUAUAUAUAUAUGUAUGUAUGUAUAUAUAGUUAUAUAUAUAUGUGUAUAUAUCUAUAUAUAUAUAAUUAUAUAUAUAUUGUGUGUGUGUGUGUGUGUGUGUAUAUAUAUAUAUAUACUAUUGUAAAAUACAAAUAAUAAGUAAAUACAAAUAAAUUAAAACGUAAAAAUAAUUUUAAAAAUUUCAAAAAUUAUAAAUAUAUGUAAUUUUAUUCUAACUGUAUUUUGAUAUAAAUAUAUAUAUAUAUAUUUAUAUGUAUAUAUAUAUAUUUAUAUCAAAAUACACUUAGAAUUACAUCAUAUAUAUAUAUAUAUAUAUAUAUAUAUAUAUCUCCAUGUACAAAAUUACAUAAAUAAUUUCAGAAAUAUACACGUAGACUUCAAACAUAUAAAUAUGUAUAUAUAUUUAAAUUUUACGUGCAUAUUCAUGUAAUAUUUUUAUAUAAUUAACCCCUUCCCGACCAAAGAUGGAAAUUGCGUUAAGGACCCUUGACGUAAAAUUUCCAUCAUUUACUAAAGUUAACCCCAGAUCGCAGCGAUCCCUGCAGCAGUGAUCGCUCCGACAGGCUGUAAUAAAUUUUUAAAAAGUGUAAAAAACGUUUUAAAAAGUAAAAAAAAUACAGUAAAAAAUCCUCAUUACCACUACACUACCACUACAUAGUAGUGAAACAAUGAUCCCAUGCUAAGGUUCAAAAUAUGCCUUUUGAAUUACCCCGGGGUGUAUUCUUUAAUAAAUAGUAUGUGUUUGUGGGGAAGUUUGAAUAACCAGCCAGCUAAACUACUCCAAAAUGGAACAUGGACACAGGGUAAAACUUCAAAGGUAGAAAAAAAUUUGAAUGGCUGUGUCUCAAAUGUGCCCCAUCAACAUCCACAUAUACCUGGCAAAGGAACAUACGGGGGUAUUGCUGUACUCAGACAACAUAGCUGAGCAGCAUAUGAAGUAAUAUACAGUCGUAGCACGCAUAAGGUUUGCAGAAUAUACUGUGCAAACUCACUUUGUGUGUCAAAAAGGUAGAAAAAUGCUUAUUACCACUACACUUGGUACAAGCUAGUGAAAAAAUGAUCCCAUGCUAAGGUUCGAAAAAUGCCUUUUAAAAUACCCUGGGAUGUCUUCUUUAAGAAAUGGUAUGCCUUUAUGGUGUAGUUGGAUUAUAUAGCUUGCUCAAAUACUCUGAAAUGGGACAUGGACGCAUCAAAACCCUCCACUUGUCACGUCUCUUUUACAGCACUGUAACUUCACAAACUAGUAUCUAGGUCAAGCAUGUCAAACUCAAAGUCUGGCAAGGGCCAAAUAAACAAGGUCUAAGUUUCUGUGGCUGCAAAAAAAACAAACCAAAAUUUUCAUUGAAACAUAGGUUUAUUUUGAAAAGUACAAUAUAAAAAAAAAACAGCAUCGCACUUUACUAAACUACAGCACCACCCAUAUACUAAAUCCCAGUCCCCCCUCUAGUAAAUCCCAGCACCCCCCUCUAGCCAACAAGCAGACUCCACUCACAUUGCCGCUGCCAGUAAGCCCGGCUUCUGGUAUAUCCCAAAUGGUGCCGUCCACCAUGUGAAAAAGUGGAUCCUCCCGCCACUUCUUGACGCCCUGUGAAGAUGGAGCACGUCAACGUCACGUUCGAAUGUGACGUGUCGUUGCAUGCCUCCGUGCACCUCCAGGUGCUCCACUGUCCAGCCGCGACCAUUGCAACACUGACAGACACACUCACUCACAGUCACACACACACUCACUGACAGACACACUGACUCACACACUCACUGACACAGACACUUACUGACAGACACACACAUACUGACACACACACACUCACAGACACACACACACAGAUUGACACACACACACUCAGAGACACAUGCACUUACAAGCAGACACACAUACUCACUGACACACAGACAGACACACACAGACAUACUCACUGACAGACACACUCACUGAAACACAGACAGACACACACACUCACUCACUCACUGACACACUGACAGACACACACUUACACAUUCUUGCACACACUCACAUUAUUGUAAUUAUUCCUGGGGUCCAGUGGGGAUCUUCUGCCUGGAGAUCUCCUUCCUGCUCCUCACUGCUCCCUCACACGCAGUUUAGUGAUGCCGGGCACUGGAAUAUGAUGUAAUUUCCAGGCGUCGGGCAUCACUACAGACAGCGCACACAAGGGAGCAGUGAGGAGCAGGAACAGUGAACUCCCUCGCUGCAUCCACCGUCCUCUCCUCCCCGGCCGGGUAAAUUAUAGCAGAGUAGGCACCUGCAAUGUGGGAAAAGCAGGUGCCAUACUCUGCAUGGAACACCAGGCAAUUAGUCAUGUACUCGCGGCUCGCCGGGCCGCAAAGCUGUUCAUUGUAGGCUGCAUGCAGCCCGCGGGAUGUGAGUUUGACAUGCUUGAUCUAGGUCAUACAUUGGGCAUAUUGUUUUACUCAGAAGAUAUAACUGAGCAUAAUUUGGGGGUUUUAUGACAGUGGUAUAUAUGAAGUGUAAGAAAUACUCAUCAAAAAUGCAAGAUAUAUGUAAAAAUUCAAUUUUUUUCCCCCGUCACCACAAACAUUGCCAGAAAUUGGUUAACAAAUGGUGACAAGUUAAGGCACAAUAUACACCAUAAAGAUAACCUGGGUGUCUGCUUUAUCAAAUGAAAACCCUCUGUGGGGUUAUUUGAACAGUCACACUGCUAUAAUACCCUAAAAUGAGACAUAGGCCCGUCAGAUCCAUCUACGAAAAUUCUAACUAUAGAAUCUGAAAUGUAUUGAGAUGAUUGAUGUAGAAAAUAAUGCUGAUCAAUUAGAAGUAGAAUAAUUCCAUGAACAUUGUAAAUAAUUAUAAGAUUUAUUUAAAUGAUAUUACCACUCUACUAUGGAAACUUUUUUGACGUAUUUUUCUCUUCCCUCCCCUAUUUUGCUGCUAUGUUGUCUUUGUAUUGUAAAUUUGUAUGAUAUAUGUAUUUGUAUGAUAUAUGUACUUAAUAAGGAUAAAAAAAUAAUAAUAAAAUAAAGAUUAAAUAUUCAAAAAAAAAAAGAAUCUGAAAUAGCCUUGUAGCUAUACAGAAUAGUGCCAAAGGCAUACAAUGGGGGUAAUGUUUAUACUCAGCAGAUGUAGCUGAACACAAUGUGGGGUUCUGUGCAGGAAUAGCACACACCAGCUUUACGAAAUAAACAUUACAAAAACCUUGUGUAUAUGCCAAAAUAGAGAAAAACACAGUUUUACUCCAAUAUUUAGCAGAGAUUGGCAAUGAAAUGGUUACGUAAAAAGUGUCAUACUAACCUUAAGUAAAUAGCCUGUGAUGUCUACUUUAUAUAAAUAUAUACUUUUGUGUGGAAUUUUUUUUUCUGUGAUGGCUACUAAACCUACAAGACAAACAUACCAACUUCUAAAAUUGAUUUUAUAUUAACAUUUCAUUUUAGUCCUUGUAUUUAGUGAAUAAAAUAAGCUGAAAUCCCAUACAUAUUAUGUACUCUUUAAAUCAAGACCCAUAAAUUAUUUAUUCAAAAUUAUUAUUUUCAAUUACUUUUUCUAAGCUGGACAUAUAAUGCACAUGCGAUUAUUGCCCAAACUGUGAAAAAAAUAUAUUUUUGUGGUUUUUUUUUCCCAUUUUUUUUUUUUUAUAAUUAAUGAGAAUUUAUCUAUGUAUAUGUGACAUAAAAUUAAAGCCCUAUUUGCCCACUGAAAAACAGUAUAUAAUAUGUGUUGGUGCAAUAAAUGACAGAGAUGCAAAUUGCGUUUGAACCCAAACAGCAAAAAAUGCAAAAAUAGCUUGUGUUCUUAAGGGUAAGACAAGCUUUUGAAGCUGUGUCUUUAAGGGGUUAAGUAAUUUUAUUGACUGCAAUUUGAGGGACUUGUCUGACAACCCAUGCCGAAAGUCCAGAGAAUUUAAUUUGCUAGCACUGUAUCUAACCCUGUAACUUUCUAUGACACACUAAAACCUGUACAUGGGGGGUACUCUGGAGGCUUCGCUGAACACAAAUAUUAGUGUUUCAAAACCGUAAAACAUAUCACAGUGAUGAUAUUUUCAGUGAAAGUGAUGUUUUUUUGCAUUUUUCACACACAAACAGCAUUUUCACUGAUGAUAUAAUUGUUGUGAUACGUUUUACUGUUUUGAAACACUAAUAUUUGUUUUCAGCGAAGUCUCUGGAGUAUAACAGUGCCCCCCAUGUACAGGUUUUUAUAGUGUUUUUGAAAGUUACAGGGUCAAAUUUUUUCACAUUGAAAAUUGCCAGGUUAGUUAUCUUGCCUUUGAGAGUGUAUGGUAGCCCAGGAAUGAGAAUUACCCCCAUGAUGGCAUACCAUUUGCAAAAGAAGGCAACUACUAAAAAAGACUGGACAUACCCCAUAUUGAAAACCCUGGGUUGUCUGCUUUAAAAAAUAUGUACAUGUGAGGUGUGAUUCAGAGAUUUAUGACAGAUAACAGUGUUACAAUGUCACUAUUGAUACAUUUAAAAAUAUAUAUAUUUUGAAACAGCAAUAUACUACUUGUAUUUAUUGCCCUAUAGCGUGCAAAAAAAAAUGCAUAAAAGCACGUAAACACUCGGUGUUUUUAAACUCAGGACAACAAAAGAUUUUUCAAGUAAAAGAACAUGUUUUUAUUUCAAUUUUGCACCAUAUUUUAUUAUUUUAAAAAAAAGUUAAUUAUAUGACCAAAAAACAAUAGUGAUAUGUAAAGAAAGCCCUUCUUGUCCUUUAAAAAAACAAUAUAUAAUUUGUAUGAGAACAGUAAACGAGAGAGUAAAAUCACAGCUAAAGACAAACACCACAUUAAGAACCAGAGCAAAAACUGCUCUGGUUCUUAAUGUACAACAUGGCCAAAACAGCCUGGCCCUGAAGCGGUUAAGGCAAUGAUUAUACUCACCAGAGCAACUACAUCAUGCUCUAGUUGUUCUGGUGACUAUAGUGUCCGUUUAAUAAACAGACAGAAAAACGCCUGCAGUCAAUCUGAAAAUGUAUUUUACAAUCCACUUAAAAGCAAUGCAAAGAAGGAGCAGCAGACAAGCAGAAAUCAACUUAAAACAAGAGUGUGGUUCCAUCUUACACUGAUGUCCAUGACACCUUCCUCCUCUCUCACUUGCUGGCUCCGGUCCUGUUAGCAUCACAUUUAUCACAUUCAAUUCUUCUGUGAGUUAUGCAAAUGUUCAAAUUGACUGCUAUUGUUUUCUGUCCGUUUAUUAAAGUUGAAAGUGGAAGUCCGGAUCCACCAUUCUCAAGUGGUUGAUCCUCCCACAGUUUGAGUGGCAAUCAGCCAUUCAUCUUUUUUGAGUUGAUCUCCUAAGGCUUUAUAUUAAGGGGAAGAUUGACUUAAUUGUGUUUAAGUUAGUAUGCGCUAUGUAUGUGAUUCUUUUAUGCGACCGAUGGGGAAAAGUACAAAUACCUGUAUAAGUACUUAUGUUGAAGAGUAGACAAAAGCCAUGGAAGUAUAUUUUGCUCAACAUAUAUUUUAUUAUUGGUUUUCCAUUACUGUGGUUGGUGUUUGCACUAUUUAUGGUUGCUGCAUUAAAAGUAUUGAUUGCCCUAUUUCUUACACAUUAAUCUGGUUGUUUCAAGCAUUUAAUUGAGAAAUAAUUGUACAUGCAUUUUUUAGCUUAUUAACACUUUAUUUAGCACGUGUAUUAAAUAGCAUUUUCUCAAAUAACACAAGUGCAGUUUAUAAUUACCACCUAUGCAUGUCACCCGUUGUACACAUAUUAAAAUCCAAAAAGCUGCAAAACAUGUAUUUUCUUUUUACAAAGUAAUUCAGAUGAACUGCUAUAAAAUACUAAAAAUGCCUUAGAUAUAUGUUUGUUCUUCUUGGAAAAUGCUCUUAUAUAUGAUUAAUUACUAUCUUUAGCACUCUAUUCAGGUACUGUGCAUUUUUAUUUAUGCAAUGUAGUUGAUCAUGUAUUUUUCUAUUAAAUCUUAGAAUCCUCCAGGACUGCCCAGUAUUGCCGUUACUCGUCUGUUUUGCUUCCUGAAAAAGAGCCAACUAAUAAUUGACUGGCACAACUAUGGAUAUUCAAUUUUGAGUCUUACAAAUGGACCAGAGAGCCCAGUUGUGCACAUUGCAAAGUGGUUUGUAUACUUUGAGCUGUUAUUUCGAUACUGGAAAUUAUAUAGAAUUGUAAUGUUUUUUGUAUUUUUAUUCUUCUUGUUAGAUAGUAUUAUUAUUUUCGUGCUUCAUGCACAAAAAUGCCCCUAUGACUAUGUUUUUAUUGAAUCCGCCUUUAUUCGUUUAUUAAUGUUUGAAAUAAGUCGUAAUAUUAGUACAAUUAUUUUUUUUUUGGUACUGAACUAAUGUCCAGUGUUAUGUCCAACACUCUAAAAAAACAUCAUCGACUUUGUAAUUUAUGUUACAUGUUCAUGUGAUGAUAUACCCUGGCUCAGGUUACACCUACUAAUAGUGUACAGGUCACCACAGGGAUGUCGUGUUGUCCAUAUUGUAGAACAUUUACCACAUAACUUGAAAGAUAGACUGCUAACUAGAUACGUAUGCUUGUAGUUUUGGAUUGGAAAUGGUAAUCAUUAAACCUUUCUUUUCCAUGGAUUGGGUCAUCAUGUGUUUUAAUACUGUUUAUUACUAACCUGGGUAGUGCCUGGCACCUGUAGCAGUAGCCUCUGCUUCUGUUCUCUUCAUUUAAGAGAGUCCAGUUAGCUUUAAUGAGCUAAGCAGGUCUACCCAUGACAACAGUGAUUGUUGGCUCAGCCAUAGAGAGCAGUCCUGUAUUGUCCCGGCUUUACUCUGCAGUAACUUGCCGUUCUCCUGGAAACAGGGAAGACCAGAUUCAGCAUGGGCAUCUGGGGUACAAGGUAAGAUGUCAAACCAUAAAAAAUGUAUUUGCCUUUUUUGGGAUGGUGCCGGCUGUAGUGGUUAUGCUGCUUGGAGAGUUCCUUUAAAGCUAAAGUAUUUGCUAAAAUAUUUUAGGGAUUAACAGAAUUUCCCCUCUUUUACUCAUUAUAAAGAGAAAUAUGCACUUUUAUAAAAGUGCUAGGUAAUACAAAUCUAGAUGGAGUUUAUUAUUAUUAUUAUUAUUUUAUUAUUAUUUUAUUAUUUAUAUAGCGCUAACAAAUUCCGUAUCGCUGUACAAUGGGUGGACUAACAGACACAUAAUUGAGAUCAGACCACUGGACGUAUAGGAACAGAGGGGGUUGAGGGCCCUGCUCAAUGAGCUUACAUGCUAGAGGGAGUGGGGUAUAGUGACACAAAGGGUUAAAGUAGGGGAAUUAAAUAGUUUGUUAGUGAAGGGUUUAUUGAGUGCUUGGUAGGUCAUUUUUGACAGUUGCAGGAAAGGAGUCAUGGGGUGGGGGAUGAGAAACCUGCUGACAGUUUAAUUGAUACACUUUAAUGAAGAAGUUAGUUUUCAAAGAUUUUUUGAAGGAGUGGAGGCUGGGUGAAAGUCUGAUUGAGGCGGGAAGGGAGUUCCACAGAAUAGGUGCAGCCCUGGAGAAGUCUUGAAGGCGAGCAUCAGAGGUGGGGAUCCGGGCAGAGGAUAGGCGUAGGUCUUGGGCUGAGCGCAGGGGUCUCGACGGGACAUACUUGUGUAUGAGGGAGGAUAGGUAUGUUGGAGCAGCAUUAUAUAGGGAUUUGUAAGCAAGCGCCAGAAUUUUGAAUUGGGCCCUAUAUCUAACUGGAAGCCAAUGCAGGGACUGACAGAGCGUGGAGGCGUGGGAGGAGCGACCGGACAGGAAAAUAAGCCUUGCAGCCGCAUUCAUUAUAGAUUGCAGCGGUGCAAGCUGGGAACAUGUAAGACCGGUGAGAAGGGGAUUGCAAUAGUCAAGGUGAGAGAACAACAGCAUGAACCAGUACCUUAGCUGUGUCCGGUGUUAGAUAUGGGCAGAUGCGCGCUAUGUUCUUGAGUUGGAAGCGACAGGAUUUGGCUAUCGAUUGGACAUGAGGAGUAAAAGAGAGGUCAGAAUCAAAAGAACCCCUAGGCAGCAAGCCUGUGAGGUAGAGGUGAUAGUAGCGCCGUUGACUUGGAUGGAGACAGACACAGGAGUAGCAGCACUUGAGGGAGGAAAAACUAGAAGUUCUGUUUUGGACAGGUUGAGUUUAAGGAAGUGAGCAGCCAUCCAGUUGGAAAUAGCAGAAAGGCAGUCAGAAACACGAGUCAAGGUGGGCGGAGAGAGAUCAGGGGAGGACAGGUAGAUUUGCGUGUCAUCUGCAUAUAAAUGAUAUUGGAAGCCAAAGGAGCUGAUGAGUUUACCAAGGGAAGCAGUAUAGAUACUGAACAGUAGGGGGGCGAGGACAGAACCUUGGGGGACGCCGACAGAGAGGGGUAGGGGAGAAGAGGCAGAGCCAGAGAAAGAAACAUUACAGUAUAAAAUCAAUGCUUUUAUUUGUAACUUAGGAGUGUUUCUAUAAUACAUGCCUUGAUUACAUUCCUACUGAUAACAUUUAUUGACUCCUUUUAUCUGUUCGAAUUUAUUACCGUUAAAGGCUUAUCAAGAGGCAAUAAAUAUUGCUUCAAAUAAUAUUGAUUUUGGAAAACUAUUGAAAAUAAAUAUUAUACUUAGCCUUGAAAAUAUUAGAUUUUGGGUGCAUGGUCUGACUGCAGACCUGAAUGGCUGCAUAGUCUAAGAGUUCCUGCAAAAUUUCAUAAGAAACAGCACUAGCCAUAAGCAUACGGUGAUCAAGCCGCAAGCCACAAAAGAAAAACACAGCUAACAGACACACUAUGGCAGAGAUGUUUGCCGUCUUGUGUGCCUCACAGGCCUCCUAACAUGAUGGCCGAUUUGAGCCUGCAUGGCUCAUCAUCCAGCAAAGUGGAAUCGUCAGAGACUCAUAGAGGAGAGACAAGCCAGAUUCUCCAUCAGUUGACUGAAGUCAAUUGAGUCACCAUAGUCCGCUUCCAUUAUUACAUCACCAAGGAGGCUAUAAUGAAGUACGGCUGGGAAGGUUACAUCCGAUACCAAGGUAAACAAAUUUUUAUUUUCCAAGAACUCUCGCCCACGACUCUGCAACAUCUCAGGGCUCAUUCCGUUUCACACGAGGCCAACCAUUCAAAAUAGCAGCUUUCAAAGAUGGCUCAUCCUGGGAGACAAUCCUUGCAACAUUCUUGAGGGCCUUAGAGUAGCGAUCAUGGAGGGCCUCAAUCUACCGUGUCAAGAGGCAUCAAUGCUAUCAUUCCUCCCUUGUUAUGAGGUCAGAAACGGAUUUGCAAGCCCGACAUGAAGUGACAUUUUCUGACACCACAAGGAUCAUUCCAGAGGUUCUGUAACCGACUCAAUGGACAAUUGUGCUCGCACUGGGAAUCAAGAAAGGUUCACUUACCCUUCCAGAUUACUGUACCCACUCUGGUUUAACUUCUCACCCCACAGGCCUGAAUGGUCCAGUGUUUGGUACCAUGGGCUGUGGUGGUGUGACUUGGCGGACCAGCGAACUACCCAGCACUUCACACUGAUAGCUUGAGGACUCUGGGUUAACCAAAACCCAACAUUGGCCACAAGAAGUCAGAUUUAGAUUUUUUGAUUUAAGUUAACAGUAUACAGUUGCCGCGGUAAUCUCAUAAUCCGAACUGAAUUAAGUACUGCCUCCUGAACUCCUGAUCGGGAGGCGAAUGCUAUUCAGCAUUUUGAUAAGUAGAGGACACUCGCAGUGCCCCUCUAUUUAUAAUAAAAUAACGCCUAGUGUAAUUUCCUAUAUGGGAAGUGCCACAUCAUCCCUGUGACCCCAUUCAAGCACUUUUUGGGGUUGCAGGGGUGCCAUAACGUUUUAGCGCCAUGUGUAAUUGCCCUGGCAUGGUUUCCUCUUUGGUUUGUUAUACGGACUCUUCUAACUUCUGUAAUCCUGACUUGACUAGUUAUAUUGUAUUUACAUAUUUCUGGUACAGUGAAAAUUAGAAGUGUAUACAAUAUAAACAAUGGGAAUAAGUGUGGUAGCUAAAGUGCUACAAACCAGUGGGAAACCCCUCACACCACUCAAUAUAACAUAAAUAAAUACAUACAAUAGAUGGUAAAUCACACUUCUGGAUAUGUCUGUAAAAUAUAUAUAUAACACACACAAUAGUGUAAUACAGUUUGUAUGACUAGGCAGUGUAGAGUUUUCAAAUGAGGUACUCACAAGCGUGGAGCCAAUAAUAUGUGGCUCUCACUGUUGUCGCCUUGGGACGUUUUUAGAAGGAUGUCCCUCUCCUAACUGGAUCACUGGUCUCACUUGGUUUUCAGAGGGUUCCAAGAUGAAUGGGUGUUCCCAGCGUUUCCCAGAAAAAUAAAGCCUUUCAAUAGGGAGUGUUUUGUGUGGCAUAAAUAGCCAACAAAUUUAUUCAGAAAAAUACUGAUAAAAAUACAAUAUAAAAUGGUAAAAACGCUAAAUUAAAAAAACAACACAUAAAUUAAUAUAAAGAACUUAUAGCUAUAACUGCUAUAUAGGAGUUCAACCAAAUGGUUAAUGGGUAUUCCGAAACGCGUUUCGCCCCUGUCUGGUGAUUUUUCAAUCGGUAAAGUCCGUUCGCCUCUCUGCCGGCUUUUUUUCAAAUUUUUUCAAAUUUCAUCCUUUUGCUUCCGGGUUCCGGCCGAUUCCGUUGUGGAACGCACUAUGCGUUCCAAAUCACUUCCGGGUUAGGGAUUUCUUUCGUUUGGAACGCAACAUUGCGUUCCACUCCGUCCUCUGUGUUCCUUCCUGGUUUUGGGUGCUGAUUAUUCACAACGCCUCAUGCGUUUCACCACAUGAGGAUCAGUCCCUUUUUGUAAUACAAAGAAAACAGUCUCUCCAUGAUAUCAAAUAUAUAAACAAUUCAUUUUUGCAAUGCAUCCCCAAGGAAUAGUGCACUCUUUUUCUGUUCCAUUAGAGUAUAAAAAAAGUGAUUAAAUAAUUACAAUAAUAAAUAACCAAUGAAAUAUGUAAAAUAGGUAUAUUAAUACGAUGUAACUAAUAGAUAAAUACAAUUAAUAUGAGGAUUUGGAUAUCUCUAGUUAUAUAACAGUCUUUGAUGGUAAAUGCUUCUCAAAUCAUCCAUUUAUUAAGAAAAGCAAUAAAAUCAACUUACUAAUAUUCAUUUAAAGAGACUUUGAUUCUCAACCCUUACAAUAUGGAAGAACUCAUAAAAGCAUGCAGUAAAAAACACAUUUUCAUGCAUCUAAAAAAAGUGACACACCUCAAAGUCUGAAUUUAAUCCGUGGGGUGCAAGAGUGUUAAAAUUAUAUGUAAAUGUCAUCUCUUCUAUCCCUAUUUUUUGAUUAAAAUCGCCCCCUCUCCAAUCUCUUUUGACUAUUUUCAGCGGACAGAAGAACAAAUUAUUAGGGUUUUGAUUAUGAUGUCUCUUAAAGUGAUUAGAUACACUGUGUGUUUCUACUCCGUUUUUUAUAUUUCGUUUGUGUUCUGAAAUUCUUGUGUGCAGGCAUCUUAUAGUUCUCACUAUGUAUAAUAAGUUGCAGGGACAUUUUAAUACAUAGAUCACUCCCUUUGAGAAACAAGUUAAUUGAUCCCUAAUAUUAAAAUCCUUAUUAAUGUGCUCUUUUAAGUUGAUUAAGUGUCUUUUUGUACUUUUAGUGCUCCUGCAUGCCAAACAUGCUCCGCAUCCAUAAAAACCUUUAUUUUGGUCUAAAAAGUGUGUACUCGUGGUUAGACCUUCACUGCCGCGGACCAAGGUUCUUUUGAAAUUUCAAAAGAACCUUGGACCUUCACUGCUGCGGACCAAGGUUCUUUUGAAAUUUCAAAAGAACCUUGGUCCGCAGCAGUGAAGGUCUAACCACGAGUACACACUUUUUAAGGGCUCCUAAUAAUUAGUUUCUGUAUAUUUAUUCCUGACCUAUACAUGUACGUAUAUAGUUAACUUGGGUUUUUUAUGUUUCUAACUAUGCUACGAAUAGGGCAGAAAAUGUGUGUGGGGACUGAGGGUACUGUUUAUGUAGCCAUGAGCACCACCUCACAUUUAGAGUGGCAUGCUGUAGGGGGAAUAUAUGAAAUGCUUCCAAAUCAGUGAUUUAAUGUUCCCCAUUUGUGAACAGGACUCUAAAGCACAAAACAUAUACAUUAUGACAGCUAACUGCAAUUGAGGCACUCAGGAUGCCACAACAAUACAUUCAUACGAGAUACUAGACCAAAUUCUUAUUAGAUUUCUUCCUGCGAUCUUACGAAUCAGACUACCUCACAUUAUAUAAAGCCCUAUAGUAGGCACCCCUUAGUGCUCAUUAUCUGUGACAGUAGAUAACAACACUGAGUUCAUAAAAUCAGAAGUGUUCCACACAACCCACAGAUGACCUGGAAGGGAGAACACCAAAACACGUGACAGUGGUUGAAGUUACUACUAUGGAACCAGCAAUGGUCUCUAGGUACCAUUGUCCUGCAAACCUAUAGGUGCAAUGCCAGUUCAAAAAUAUAGAUAUCUGCCAAGGUUACUUGUGUUUUUAAAUGUUCGUUCACCAAAUUUACAUCACACCUUGACAACUAGUGUAGAUGGGCAAGUGGCUAUCCCUUCUCUACUCAGUGGAUUCUAGUUAUGCAGUGAGAGGAGGACAUGCCACUCUGGCAAUGUGUAAGACCAGAUUGUACUAUUCAGAUAAUGUUUUAGUUUUUUUUUUUUUUUUUUUUUUGAUUGUAAUGCCAAGGGGAAAGGGCAGACUCACACACCAAACUGUCCCACUCCAAGAGAUAUGUGAACUCAUAAUAAGUGAAGUGCUAGAAUACAACCAUGAGACCUAUAGAUCAUAGACCUACCUAUAGCACAAUGUACCUAUGUCAUUCUAAAUGGCCCUAAAUGUUAUCCCAUUAAAUGUUAAGUGGCUCAAAACCCCAAACAAAAGAAAACAUCUGCUUAGAGAGCUUAAAAAUUAAAAAUUCAAGAGAUGCACCUGCCCAGGCACUGCACCACGGUACAGGAGUUGCUAUCCUUAUACACAAACUCUUCCCACUGCAGAUCAGAAAUGGUCAGACUAACCAAGCUGGUAGAUACAAACUCAUCAUCGGUACACUUUAUAACACAACGUACCUCUUUCUUAAUGUUUAUCCCUCAAACAACCCUGACCAAGGAUACUGGGAUUCCCUGGAGACAAUACUCCACACACUAUACACUAUCAAAUGGAGUAGUACUGGUGGGGAGCAAUUUCAAUGAUGUUCCAUAUUCAGCAGUUGACAGGAGUUCCCGACCAGGGAUGAUGUGGUCGCAUGGGAUGGGAAGACAAGACACGCUUGUAUAUUGAUUUAUCCGAUGUACAGGCGUUCUGAAUGCAUGGCGAUUCCAACAUGCUGAUACCCUUGAUUACUCAUUCUACUCUGCACCACACUCCACAUAUUAAAUAAUGUAAUGAUAUGUAUUUGCAAAUGUGUUUUUUGUUUCUUUUUAUUUUAUUUUUUUAAUACCAUUUUAUUUGUCACAGGUAUGAGCACAUUUUUGGAAGAUUUUCAAAGUAUAAUUUUUGUGUGACAAAUGCAAUGAAGGAGGACUUGCUGGUCAACUGGAGAAUUAAGUAAGAAAGUCACAAGUUAAAUUUUUAUGGUUUGAGUAUAAAAUAAAUACAUUUUCUUGAUAACAAAAAACAAUUAAAGAGAUUUGUAUCUAGCAAGAAUUGUCCAUAAUGUGCUAUAGCAGGAGUGUAAUAAUGGAUUCCUGCCUUACUAACUGUCAGGUAACCUUCUAUAGAAAAAAAGAGAUUUAUUGCAAUAUUAAAGGAACAAUAUAUGCACCACAACAACAUUUAGCUUAAUUAAGCAGGUUUGGUGUAUAGAUCAUGCCCUGCUGUCUCACUACUCAAUUAUCUGCCAUUUAGGAACGGCUAGGGCUUAUUUUCAGCAUAACCCAAAAAAUAAGCUAGGACUUAUUUUCGUGGGAUGUCUUUUUGUCGGGGUAACACUGUAUACGUAAACAUUAUAUUAGAAAUAAUGGGGAAUUACAGCUUCCCUUUAAGAUAUAGUGAUUUUUGUGCUUGGAGUUUCCUUUUAGACAUAUCAGAUUGCCAAAUGAAUUCAUGUAUGUCAUGGCAUAUGAGGAAACUCUAUGCAAAAACAUGCUUUCAUUUAAAAACUCGCAAACACAGCUCACAAAUAAUACCCUGCAGGGAUGGGUAAGUGGUAGAUCUCCAGCUGGCAUAGCAUUGUGAGAGUUGUACGAUGGCUGGGGAUCUACCAUUUGGCCACCCUUGUGCUAGAGAGGGGCCCAAAGCAAUUGAUAUUAAUUCUGCCACUGGUCAGACCAACACUUUGAACUUUCACUAUAGCAAACAUUUUUUUUUCCAGUUUUUAAAUGAUAUAGGAUACACCUAUACCUACAGUUGCGCGGUAAAGUGAAAUAAACAAUAAAAAAGGGGUAACUUAUCCCGUGUGCAUAUGAGUAUGUACAGAAGAUGAUAUCCUUCACAUACAAAGAAAAAAACAGUAUACAGUGCAAAUGGCAAUGAACAACAUUGGUGUAUUUUUCUUUAAAAUUAGUUCACUCACAUGUAAUGGAGCCUAUAUAUAUUGGGCUGGUAUGCUCUUAGGGCAGCAUCACACCACUUCCUUAUAAGGAUAUUACCUCCGGUGGAGAGAAAAAAAGCAUCCAAUGGGUAGUAUAGCUAAUAAAAAAACUCUAAAAUAUGACUAUUUUGCUCACCUUUUUAAAGAGCCUUAAAAUCCCGGCUCUAAGGUAUACAGGUAUGAUGCCAUUAUAGAGGGGGUGACACUUCCCCAAUAAAGACUCACAAGGCUUCAAAAGGACUCUUACAAAUACUAGUAUAUUUAUUAACAAAAAUAUAUAUAUGUAUAUAUAAAAAAAAAAGUAUAAAAACAUAAAUUACUGUCUACAAAUGUAUAAAAUAGGUCCUUGUAGCAGCCAAAACAGGUUUCACUCCUUUCCUGAGCUUCUUCAGUCAGCUGUGAAUCAGUCUCAGAGAAUCUUCCUUAUUAUGUGUGUUAUGGAACUUCCUCUUGGGUCCCAUGUGGAGUUGAACCGACCAAUCAAAAUGAAUUUUGGCUCCCAGCCCAUUUAAUUAUGUAUGUUCCGUGGUUGACGGAAGUGGCACCGCGGAAUCUUUUUUUCAGUAGUAACACUGCUGAAAGUACUGCAGAUGAGUGGAUCAAGAAACAGUGAUCACCAUUUUCUUAUUCUGGCCAAGCAUCGCCCAAAUAUAAAAUGAAUCUAUUUAUAUUUUUGUAAUUGUAGGUGUUUCUAAAACAGCUUGCAAAAACUGCAGAUUACCUUAUCUGAAGCUUUAGCAAGCUCUCCACUUUGAACCCAGCCCACAUUUUCUGUGACUGUCCAAUUACAAACCUCAGAAUGCAGCUCAAUGAGAAAGCGUUGCAAGGCAGGUGCAAUUGCCUGCUUCUUGAGUUUAGCUCCACUGAGCUAAACUACUAAGAAAUAACUGGGUCAGUUGUCUGAUUGACAGUCAGGGGGUUAACUUUUAAAAAGCAAGCAGUGAUGGAAUAUAAAAAAUAAACAAACAAUACAGUACUAUCACCACAAAUACGUGAAGAAUAGUAUUCAAUAUACUUAUCUAAACAAGUCAAGUAGGCAGCCUCCCUAAGAUCACCUCCCAGGUGGUGAUCCUAUUAGACCAGAAUAUAAGCAACAAACAUAUGGGAAACAGCUGUGAUUCUAAAAAAGAACAUAAACUUAACAUAGUGUUAUUAAGUUUAAACAAUGAAAUGUGCUCUGUAAAUGGUUGCACUCAUAAGAUGUAGACGUAUAAAACACUCAAUGGGUGCUUCACCUGAUGUAGUGGAGGGCUCUGAAUCCCUUCUCCUUAGUCUGCAAAUGUAGCAGGAGAACAGGACUCCAGAUGAGAAUGUAUAGAAAAAUGGCUAUUUCAUUGUAUAAAAAUGGUGAAAAAACACCAGAAUAAAUGCUAUUACAACAGCAAUUACUAUUGAAUCACAGCCGUUUCCCAUAUGUUUGUUGCUUAUAUAGUGAUGGAAUAUGUCCUGUAACGCCAUACUUUUGUGCUUAGAAAUAUGCACAGAAGUGACAUUAGCCAGCUUGGAUUUCUUGUCCUGUAUGCAAAAUGGGUAAACUCUGUAUGUGCUGCUUUUCUUAGCAAAAUACACACAUAGAGACUCCAAGCACCAUGACCACUUCAAAAUACUGAAUUUGUCAUGGUGCUUUGAGUAAUCCUAUAAGUGCAUCGCCUCGGUUUAUAAUUUUAAAUGAUUAUUCAAAAAAAUAUAGUUGAAUUUGUCAGGAACUGACUUAUUUUACACCACAGCUAUUCAUACUGAUUACAUUAUUCAAGCUUUACCCAGAUAUUAUCUUUUAAUAUUAAUAAAUCUCCCUCUGCAAAUUUUAGUUGAUAGGUUUAAAAUAUUCAGGGUUUAACAAAUAAACAAUAUAAAUAAAUAUAUAAUAUGUAUCCUAAACUUGGAGAUGGUAUUAACUUUCUAUAAGCACCACUGUAGUUUUUGCACAUGCACCCUAAAUCUCUAUGAGAAUCAUUAGAAUCCCUACAAAAUCAGCAGUACCAGAGGUAGAGAAGAGGUUCGUCGAGGAGACCCUUUUGCCACUGGAUUAGAACUGCUUUAUUUUUAGUCCAGUGAGUGGUGGGGAGCGUGAGUAAGUAUACUAAAGGGUCCAUCAAACACUCCAUUAUAAAUAAAUGUACUUGUGUAAAGUGCUGGAGUGUUCUUUUAAAAUGGCAUUAGCUUGAACUCAGGAGUUACAUAGUUACAUAGCUGAAAAAAGAUUUGCAUCCAUCAAGUUCAGCCUUCCUCACAUAUGUUUUUGCUGUUGAUCCAAAAGAAGGCAAAAAACCUAGUCUUAAGCGCUUCCAAUUUUGCAACAAACUAGGGAAAAAUUCCUUCUUGGCCCCAAAAUAGCAGUCAGAUGUCUCCUUGGAUCAAGCAGCUAAUUAGAAAUUAUAUCCCUGUAUGUUAUGUUUUUGCAAGUAUUUAUCCAAUUGCAGUUUAAACAUCUUUAUGGACUCUGAUAAAACCACCUCUUCGGGCAGAGAAUUCCAUAUACUUAUUGCUCUUACUGUAAAAAAAAAAAAACCUUUUCUUUAGCUUAGAUGAAAUCUCCUUUCUUCCAGCCUAAAUGUGUGACCUCGUGCCCUAUGUAUAGCCCUGUUUAUGAAUAGAUUUCCAGAUAAUGGUUUGUACUGGCCCCGAAUAUAUUUGUAUAUUGUGAUCAUAUCCCCUCUGAGGCGCCGUUUUUCCAAACUAAAGAGUUUUAAAAUUUUUAACCUUUCUUCGUAACUAAAAUGCUCCAUUCCUUUUAUCAAUUUUGUAGCUUGUCUCUAAUUUUGUAGCACUUUUUCUAGUGCCAUGAUAUCCUUCUUUAGAACAGGUGCCCAAAAUUUAAGGUGUGGUCUUACCAGCGAUUUAUAAAGAAGCAAAAUUAUAUUUUCAUCCCGAGAAUUUAUGCCCCUAUUUAUACAUGACAAAACCUUACUGGCCUUUGCAACUGCAGAUUUACAUUGCAUAUUGCUGCCUAAUUUGUUGUCUAUAUCAAUUCCCAAAUCCUUCUCCCUCAUUCACUACCAUUUACGGUGUAAGUUGCUUGUGCAUUCUUGACCCCAAAGCGCAUAACUUUGCAUUUCUGUACGUUAAAUUUCAUCUGCCAUUUUAGUGCCCAGUCCCCCAAUCUAUCCAAAUCCCUCUGCAGCAAAGCAAUAUCCUGCUCACAUGUUAUUACUUUACAAAGUUUUGUGUCAUCUGCAAACACUGAAAUAUGGCUUUCAAUGCCUAGUUCAAGAUCAUUUAAAUAUGUUAAAUAGAAGUGGUCCCAAAACAGAACCCUGAGGGACACCACUUACCACUUUUGUCCAGCCUGACAAUGGCAACUCGUACUCAAUUCUGAAGCCAAUGUUCUACCCAAGAACAAAAAUAAUCAUCUAGACCAGUGGUUCUCAACCUUUUUUCACUUGAGUACCCCUUGGCAGCCCAUUUCCAUAAAUUGUACCCCUCACAUUAGCAAAAUGUUGUAAUUAAUAAAGUUGCUUUAUUUCAAAGUUAUACAUUUUUCUCUUUUCAAUCACCCCCUUUUCUCUGCCCUAGGCUCCCCCCUGCUUUUCCUCCGCCCCAUGCUCUCCCUGCUUCUCCUCCGCCCCAUGCUCUCCCUGCUUCUUCUUCGUCUCACACUCUCCCAGCUUCUUCUCAGCCUUAGACACACAAACUGUCACACAUGCAGACACACAAAAACCAACACUGACACACAUAUAGAUACAGAUACACAGACACACCCGCAGAUAGGCACACUGAAACACAUACAGAUGCACAGACACACAGAUACAAUGAUACACAAACAUACAGAUACAAACACUGACACACAUACACACACACAGAUUGACACACAUAUACAUAUCCUGACACAUAAGCAGAUACAGUGAAACACAGAUGUAUACACUAACACACAUGCAGAUACAUAUCCUGAGACACACAUAUGCAUACACUGACACCCAUACAGACAAAGAUACCCACACUGACAUACAUAUACAAACACUGACACACAGAUACAGUGACAUACAUGCAGAUACAGGCACUGACACACAUGCAGAUACAGACACUGACACAGAUAUAGGCACUGACACACAUGCAGAUACAUACAGGGCCGGACUGGGGAUUCCAAAGCAGCCCUGGAAAAAAAAUCUAUGCCAGCCCCAUAAGUCAUUGCGCCAUAUAUGUACAGCGCUACGGAAUUUGUUGGCGCUAUAUAAAUAAUAAAAUAAUAAUAAUAAAAUAAUAUAUUGUCGCAUGUAAUAUGCAAUGCUAUGUCUUGCCACCCUAGAUGAUUGAGAUAUAUAUAUAUAAUUUCUUUUUCCAAUAUAAAAUAUUGGUCCUUUCAGAGUAAAAUUUUUAAUUAUACAGUAAGCAUACUCACAUACAGAUACAGACAAUCUUACUGACACAAGCUGAUUGAUACACAGCCUCAUAGACAGACAAUCUCACUGAUAUACAUAAGGUCAUUGACAUGAAAACACAAGCUCACUCAGUAGCAGGCACACACACACACACACAAGCAAGCCCACUCACUAGCAGGUGCGCACACACACACAGCUUAAUGUAGUGGCUCUGGUGUCUAUAGCCUGUCCCUGCAGGCUUUUCAAUGUAAACACUGACUUUUUAGAGAAAAGGCAGUGUUUACAUUGCUUCCUAGUGACAGACACUCAGACGGUCACUAGAGGUGCUUCCUGUGUCAGUGCGGAUUGGCUGAGAUCAUCAAGCUUGAUGAUCUCAGCCGUAGAGGCAGGGCCAGUAGAGGGGAGACCAGCACGACGUGGGGGGGGAAAAGUGAGUAAACACACACCAUGACAGACACACACCAUGACACAGACAGACCGUGACACAGACACACACACACCGUGACACAGACAAACAGACACAACAUGACAAACACACACACCAUGACACAGAGACACACACAUACCAUGACACACAUACCAUGACAGACACACACCUUAAAAAAGACAGACCGUGACACAGACACACACACACUGUGACACAGACACACAUUACAUGACACAGACACACACACCAUGACACACACACACCGUGACACAGACAGACACCAUGACAAACACACACACACCAUGAUGCAGACAGAUACACAUUACAUGACAGACACACACACACACAAUGACACAGACACACACCAUGACACAGACAGACGCACGCACCAUGACAGACAGAGACACACACCAUGACACAGACAAACACACACACACCAUGACACACACACACCAUGACACAGACAGACCCACACAAUGACACAGAUGAACACACCAUGACAGACACACACACGCACACACCAUGACACAGACAGACACACACACACACACCAUGACACAGACAGACACACACACACCAUGACACAGACAGACACACACCAUGACACAGAAAGACACACACAAUGACACAGACAGACAGACACACACACUAUUACACAGACAGACAUACACACACCAUGACACAGGCACACACACACACCAUGACACAGAUGCACACACCAUGACAGACAGACACACACACACCAUGACACAGACACACACAAUGACACACACACACACAUCGUGACACAGACAGACACACACACACACACACACACCAUGACACAGACAGACAUACACACACCAUGACACAGACAGACACAUACACACACCAUGACACAGACAGACACACACACCAUGACACAGACAGACACACACACCAUGACACAGACACACACACCAUGACACAGACAAAUACACCAUGACAGACAUACACACAAAUGACACACACACACAUACACUCACACUGACACACAUAAUUUCUACGUGUGCUGGUGGCUGCAUGGGGAGCUCUGAUGGUGGCCGCAGGGGGAGCUGUCUGUUCUGUCUCUGCUCCCCCGCCCCAGCGCGCCGCUUAAUGAGACCGGGGCCGGAAUUUGAAGUUAUAUUCCGGUCCCGGUCUCAUUAAGCGGCGCGCUGGGGAGGGGGAGCAGAGACAUAACAGCCAGCUGCCUGCCCGGCCCCAGGUUCCGACGGCCCACCGGGAAAUUUCCCGGUAUCCCGGUGGGCCAGUCCGGCCCUGGAUACAUACCCCGACACACAGAUACAGAUACAUACUCUGACACACAUGCAGAUACACACACAUAGAUACACUUAAGGAUACACACUCUGACACACAAACACAUAUACUGACACACAGAUAAUUACCCUGACACACUUAAGGAUACAUACCCUGACACACAUGCAGAUACACAGACACAUACCCUGACACACAUACAGACACAUAGAUAUACACUGACACACUUAAGUAUUCAUUCCCUGGCACACAUAUACACACCCUGACACUAAGACCCUGACACACACAUUCAGACGCAUACCCUGACACACACAUUCAGACGCAUACCCUGACACACACAUUCAGACGCAUACCCGGACACACACAUUCAGACGCAUACCCGGACACACACAUUCAGACGCAUACCCUGACACACACAUUCAGACGCAUACCCUGACACACACAUUCAGUCGCAUACCCUGACACACACAUUCAGUCGCAUACCCUGACACACACAUACAGAUGCAUACCCUGACACACAUAGAGAUACAUAUCCUGACACACAGAUAAACACACUGACAUUGAGAAACACACUCUGACACACAUGCAGAUACACACACACUCAAUUACAAACAUGCAGAUACACACAUACCCUGACACUAAGAUACAUACCCUGACAUAUAUGCAGAUACAGUGAAACACAGAUACAUCCACUGCCACACAUGCAGAUACACAGAUACAGUCACUGACACACACAAUGACACACAAAUGCAUAGAGCAACACACUGACACACUUGCAGUUACAGACAUCCAUGCAGAUACACAGACACAUGCAAAUACAGACACAUACACUGACACAGAUAUACACAUUGACAAACAUGCAGAUACACAGACACAUACACUGACACACUUAAGGAUUCAUACCCUGGCACAUAUGCAGAUACGGUGAAACACAGAUACGUACAGUGACACACAUGCAGAUACACAGAUACAGACACUGACACACACAAUGACACACAUACAGACAAAGAUACCCACAGUGACAGAUAUGGACACUGACGCACAGAUACAGUGAGACACACAUGCAGAUACAGACAUACUGUUACAUACCCUGACCCACAGAUACACCUACUAAUACAUACCCUCACACAGAUACAUACACACACAGAUACACACCCUGACACAUAUGCAGAUACACAGACACAUAGAUACAUAAACUGACACAAAUAAAGACGCAUACCGAUACAUACCCUAACACACAUGCAGAUACAAAGAGACACAUGAAGAGACACACUGACAAACAUGCAGCUACACAGACACAUACAUAAAACACAUACACUGACACACAGAUACAUACCCUGACACAGAGAUACACACUGACACACAUGCAGAUACACAGAGACACACACUGACAAACAUGCAGAUAGACAGACACAUAGAUAUACAAACACACAGAUAAAGCACCGCGCUUACAGCAGCAGUGGCUAAGUAUCCAACAGCUUAAAAUACAUAGUAAAAACAAAGAGAACGUUACCUUCGCUCUGGCUUAAAUCCCCAUGUACAUUUAAACAACAUGUGGCAAACCUAGCCACUUGGACAAUACAAAGAGACUGGGCCUUUAAGGGUUGCCUGUAUGUCUAGAGAGAUAUGUGCUUCAUUCUGUAUGUGUAUGCUUUAUGUAUGUUCUGCAUUGCCUUUAACCGAAUGCAAAUGGCGGUUUUGUAUGGGGAUUUUCUUUCGUUUCACGAACGGCACUUUGGAGGGCCAUUCGUGAACCGAACGCAAUACCCCCUAAUAGCCCACACACUUAGAGGCGUGUGGCGCUAGUUAACCGAUUGCAACAAUGUUGCAAUCGGUUAUUAGAGGCUCUCCUGGGUGGCCGUCGUUCGACUACCGACCAUGCGGCGGUCGGCCAUCUUGGAUCCUUUGUUCCCUCAGCGGUGCUAGGUCGUCGAACGCAUGGUACUAAAAACGGCUACUCGACGGCACGAACACCGCUGAGCCUCCAGGACGUUCGGGAGUUUCGGGACAUUCGGUAUUUUGUUCCCUGCAAGCAAUCGGUUCUUUUUAUAUGUUUUAUCAGAAAUCUGUCUUUCGUGCGGCGUUCGGUUAUUUUAGCUGAGAUCUGAGCGGUAAUCUCACGAAUGAUGCGCUCAGACCCCAGCUAUCUACCGAACGUCCAUUCGUGUAAAUCCACCAUAUAUUCAACAAGUUAUGGAUUUUUGUGUGAAUUGUCGGUUCUGCUGCACGAGGGGAUAAUCCACUUAACGGUGCAUUCUGGGAAGAUGAUCCCUCUCGUGCAGCGGUGCCUGAUGGGAGAAAUAUGCUGUAAUGUUAGUCCCCUCUGGGAGUGCCCCUGGGGAGGGACUCAGGAAACCCCUUGCAUGGGGACUUGUAUAAAUUGUCCAGCCGAUUAAAAGGAUUUCAGUUGACUCUCAGAACUGUGUUUCGUCCGGCUACUGGGAGGUUGGGGAUAUUGCCUUGUUGUUUCAGCGCUUGACUGUGGAUUCGUUCCUGAACCAGCGGAAUUCGUGGAUUUAUUAUUGACGUUCCGCUACACAACAUUUUUGUUUAAAUGUACAUGGGGAUUUAGGCCAGAGCGCAGGUAACGUUCUCUUUGUUUUUACUAGACACAUAGAUAUACACAUACCCUGACACACAUACAGAUACACACACACUGACACAGAUAGACAUCCUGACACACAGAUACACACAUUGACACACAGAUACAUACCCUGAUACACAUGCAAAUACACAGACAUAUAGAUACAUAUCAUGAAACACAGAUACACACCCUGACACACAGAUACAUACUUGCAAAUACACCAGGGCUUGACAAAUUUGCUUGUAAUCUAGGAGCCAGCUAAAAAAGUUAGGGGCCAGUAUUUUUUUUAACUAACAAAGCUUAAUUUUCAGCGACAAAAAUAGAAUUCUUGAAGGGACACUAGAGUCACCAGAACCACUGCAGCUUAAUAUAGUGGUUCUGGUGUCUAUAGCUUGUCCCUUCAGGCGUUUUUUAAUGUAAAUACUGCCUUUUCAGAGAAAAGACGGUGUUUACAAUGCUGCUUAGUAAAACCUCUAGUGGUCAUCACUCAAACCACGCUCGGCAUGGAGGCGCUGAAUGUUCCCCAUAGUAAUGCAUUGAUUCAAUACAUCUCUUUGAGUAGAUGCAGAUUAGUGCAUGCACAAAAGCCUCCCAUUGCUUUCCUAUGGGAAAGCAUUGCUUGGCUGAGAUCAUCGAGAUUGAUUGAUUAUCUCAGCCAUGGAAGAGGAUUCAGCCACGGCGAGACCGUCACGGUGUGGGAAAACAGGUAAGUAAAAUCACCUUUCUCAGAGGGGAACCGGUCACCUAAACAGACACCCACUAAGAGACAGACACAGACUCACAGACAGACAUACACUUGCUCACAGACAGACACACACACACACACACAAAAUCUCAGACACACAAACACACACACACAUUCAGAAGUUGAAUUUUUUAAAAAACAUUUAUUGAAACCCACACUGCCUCCCUACCUUUUGGAGAGGUGGAGUGGAUAGGCUUUUCCUGGGGUCCAGUGGGGCUGCUGUUAUCUCCCUGCUCUGCUCUCUGUCGCGCCCUGUUAAGUUUAGUAUUCCAGGGGCCGGAAUUUGCAUCAUAUUCCGGCUCCCGGCAUCUUUGCAGGGCGUGCGAGGGAGCAGAGCAGGUAGAUGAGAGCUCACCUCCCCCCGGCUCUAUUCCAGACAGCGCCUGCCCUCCCUCAAGACGCACAUGCUCUCUCACACGGCUGGCCGGCCGCCUCCGCUCUGCCAGGUGGCUGGCUUGUCGGCCAUCUCUGCUCCCCCACGGUUGGCCACCUGCAUUCUCCCUUGCCUCUCCGCGCCAACAUAUACCAGGCACAGGACAAAAUUCCUAGUCGCCAUGGUGACCUGGCGCCUAGGAUUUGUCGAGCAGGGGAUUCACAUACACACACUGACACAUACAGUGACACACAGACACGUACACUGAAAUAGAUACACACAUGGACAUACGGACACAUUCAGUGACACACACUGACACAUACAGUGACACACAGAUAUAUACACUGACACAUGCAGUGAUAUUUACAGUGACACACAGACACACACAUGCAGAUAAACUGACACAUAACCACAACACACACAAACAUACAGAUACAAAAUCCUACCUUUUGGCUGACUGGGUCUGGUGGGAGUUGGCAUCCUGCUGCUCUCCCGGUCCACUCCGCCUGACCCGCCCCUUCCUCUCCCGCGCAGCUUGCUUUGUGUGCAAUCUGGGAGGAAGUAGUUGCAAGCUUUUAUUUCCUCCCAGCUCUGGCUGCAGGAAACACAGGGGUCCGGUUGCACUAUUAAUUCGCCGCAGCGCGCGACCGGACCCCUGAAGGCACAUGUGUAUUGGGUGGCCCAAAGUGCAUGGGCCACCCUAUACACUCAGGCAGCGGUUCCCUGCCCGUCCGGCAGCCGGUACCUCCGCCAUUACCCAAACAUUUUUUGCAUACCCCCAGUGGCACUGAAUUGUACCCUUUGGGGUACGUGUACCAUGGGUUGGGAACCACUGAGCUAGACCAAUUUCUUUUAGUUUGAAGACUAACCUAUUGUGAGGAACUGUAUCAAAUGCCUUGGCAAAAAAACAAGUAGAUCACAUCCACUGCAACACCCUGAUCUAUACUUCUACUCACUUCUUCAUAGAAUGCAAUUAGGUUAGUUCGACAUGACCUAUAUUUCAUAAAACCAUGCUGAUUAUUGCAAAUAACAAGGUUCUUCCCAAUCCUCCGGUACAAUACCUGAAACAAAACAGUGUAAUAUCUAUUAAUCCCAAGCAGACCUUGAAAUAUAUGUCCUGAUUUUAGUUUUGAUAUUCAUAUAAAGAAUAUUUGCAGUCCAAAUGGAAAUGUAAAAAGGUAGUUAAAAAAAACAUCAUCUUUGUUGUGGUCCAAAAAUACUAAGUAUAACAUGUGAUAAGUAGGAAAGAUAAAUUAAAAUAUUUACUGACCAAGGGUUUGGGGAAUUGAUGCUUUCUUAACAGUACAUUUUUUGGAAUUUUAUUGUUUUUACCGCCAUUAUGUAGUUCUCAUUUAGAGUGCAAUGAUUCUUGUGAAUGUCUGAAACUUGAAGAGGUUUUCUUGGAUUACGCACCUUGCAGAUGAUUUUUUGGUUUUAGUUCUGGUACUUGACUGCUGAAGUAGAUCUGCCUCUAAACUGAUCUUGAAGAAUAAACAACAAAUCUUACUUUUGUCAAACAACUUUGUUGACUAAUGUAACUACUAUUUUUUGUUACUUUUAUUUUUUUGCAGAGCUACAACACUUUAUGACAAGCCACCAUCUAUGUUUCAAGAGACUACACUGCAACUACAGCAUAAAUUAUUUAUGAAGCUUUCUGUGGAUUACCCUCAAUUUAAAGCUCAGUGAGUAAUGCCCACUUUCAGUACACCAACUUUAUUUUAGAACACACUGUUCAUUAAUAUAUUUCAUUUCAAUUUUCCGAAGUGAUCCUUAACAGCAAGUCUGCAGAUCAUAACCUAUUUAGUUAGCAUUACCAUUGUAUAAUUAGUUUAUCAUUAUGUAAAUUGGGAAGAAGAAAAAAGUAUUAAAAAGAUGUUCUUCUAAGGAUGUUACAUUACUAAUAUAAAAGUAAUAAAUUAUAAUACUGUGGCAAAAGUAACCUCGCCACUGGGUUUUGGAGAGGCCUGCUUGCCAGCUUCUUGCCCUGUGACUAUGGCCCCUGGGGUGUAUUGCCUUUUAAAAACACUCUUUGUGCAUAUUGGGACUUGGCACAAUGCCCCUUGGACUUUUAACUGGGACAGUUCAAACAUGUGGUGGCGGCCAUCUUAACCCCUUAAGGACAGAGAUUCAGAAGCUUGUCUUUCACUUAAUUACAACAGCAUUUUUUGCUGUUUGUGUUCAACUGCAACUUGCAUUUUACUAAUUUAUUGCACCAACACAUAUUAUAUAUCGUUUUUUAAAGGAUAGAAAGGGCUUUAAUUUGAUGUAACACAUAUAUAUAAAUGCUUAUUCAUUAUAAAAAAAAUACAGAAAUAUGCAAAAAGAAAAGAAAAUUUUUGUGUUUUUUUUACAGUUUUUGCAAUAAUAAUGUGUGCAUAAUUAGUGCAGGUUAAGGAAAGUAAUUAAAAAGAAAUUAAUUUAGUUGUUCUGAUUUACAGAAUAUAUAAUGUGUCUGGGAUUUUAAGGUUUUUUUUGGUAGUUACAGGUCACAAAGCACAAGGAGUAAAAUAAACUUUUAAUGUGGAGCGAUUUUAGAAUUUGGUAUGUUUGUCUUGUAAGCUUAAUAGCCAUAAAAGAAAACAAAAUUGCCACACAAAAGUAUAUAUUUAUAUAAAGUAGACAUCACAGGCUAUUUACCUAAGGUUGUUUCGACACUUUCUACGUAGCCAUUUCACCGCCAACCUCUGCUAAAUAUUGGAGUAAAGUUUUGUUUUUGGCACACAAACUUAUAACAAAGAACUUCUUGUGUGUAUUUUGUAAAGUUGGUGUGUGCUAUUCCUGUACAUAGUUUUAUUUUGUGUUCAGUUACAUCUGCUGAGUAAAAUUACACCCCCAUUGUAUGUCUUUGGCACUAUUUCGUGAAGCUACAGUGCCAUAUAGGAGACCUGUCCUUUUCAGUACUCACAGUAGAAUUUUGAGAGAAGGAUUUAAUGAGCCUAUGCUUCCAUUUGGGGUACUAUAACAGUGUGACUGUUCAAAAAAACCCCACAAGGCCUACCAUUUGUAAAGUAGACACUCCAGGCAAUCUCAUAAGGUGCAUAUUGUGCCUUAACAUGCCCACAUUUUUUCACCAAUAGAUGCCAAAGUAUGUGGUAAAAAAUAAUUUUGUGCGUUUUUUACAUAUAGAUUGCAUUUUUGCUGGGCAUUUUGUAUAUUUCACAUGUGCCACUAAGUUCAAACCCCCCAAAUUAUGUUCAGCUAAGUCUUCUAAGUAAAAUGACACUCCCAUUGUAUGUCUUUGGCACUAUUUUGUGAAGCUACAGUGCCAUAUAGGAGACCAAGCCAUAUCAGUUUUUACCGAACUUUGAAUUUUGACGCUGGGCCUAUGUGCAAUUAACAAGCAUCUUAGCAGGUUUUACAUUCAAACUACCCCACAAAGGCCUACCAUUUCUUAAAGUAGACACCCCAAGGUAUUUCAAAAGGUAUAUUCUAAACCUUAGUGUAGGAUAAUUUUUUUGUUAGUUUGUACCAAGUCUAGUUGCAAUUAGCAUUUUUUCUGCCUUUUUGACACACACUUGGAGAUGUUACUGUAUAUUUUGCUAUCCUUAUGUGUGCUACGGCAGUAUAACACCUAAUAUGUUGCUCAGCUAUGUCAUCUUAGUGCAACAAUAACCCCAUGUGUACCUUUUUCAGGGUUAUGUGGAUGUUGAAGGGGCACAUUGGAGACCAAGUCAUAUCAGUUUUUACCAAAUUUUGAAUUUUGACGCUGGGCCUAUGUGCAAUUUCCAAGCAUCUUAGCAGGUUUUAAAUUCAAACUACCCCACAAAGGCCUACCAUUUCUUAAAGUAGAUACCCCAGGGUAUUUCAAAAGGUAUAUUCUAAACCUUAGUGUAGGAUCAUUUUUUUUGUUAGUUUGUACCAAGUCUAGCUGCAAUUAGCAUUUUUUCUGCCUUUUUGACACACACUUGGAGAUGUUACUGUAUAUUUUGCUAUCCUUAUGUGUGCUACAGCAGUAUAACACCUAAUAUGUUGCUCAGCUAUGUCAUCUUAGUACAACGAUACCCCCAUGUGUACCUUUCUCAGGGUUAUGUGGAUGUUGAAGGGGCACAUUGGAGACACACCACUUCCAUAUUUUUCAAAAGUGGAUGCUGGGCCCUAGUCUCAUUUUAGCAGCUCAGGACUGCAAAUUACCUCUCAAAGGCCACAUAUAUUUUUACGCAUAAGCAGCUCAUCAAUUCAAAUUAUGAACAAGUGCAUACUAUUUGCUGUGAAAAGGGGGAAUAGUUGGGGUAAACUUAUCUGGGGGUAGUACCCAGUCAUAUGCAUCCUGGGCAAAGCUGUCAUGUAUUCUGAAACCAAAACACAGACAGACCACAAAGAGAGAGAACACACAGAGAGAAACAUGUAAUACCGGUCCUUAGAAUGGCCGGGCUAUACAAGCAGAGAAUUGUCAAGGGACAAGCCGAGGUCAAGGAUCAGAGAAGACAGGAUAAACGGGAGACAAAGCCAAGAUUCGGUAACCAAUCAGACAGAUGACUAAAUAUCACACCCCAAAACUGGUCUACUUAUUCGGCCUGGGUGUGAAAUUUUUUAAAACAGUGGCCAAUACAUAGGCCGGGCUAAGAGGGGCAAUCAGGGCAGUAAUAGCUAGUCUCAGCUCUUACGCCCCUCUUGUAACACACCCUGCACCUUUUCUGUGGGUUUUGUUUUUUAGGGGUUGGUGGAAUCUUAAAGCAGAAGUGACCUGCCUCCAUUCUUCUGCUAGGCUCCACUGAUGGUCUCCUUGUGUGGCACUCAAGUAGCCGAGAAAUGAGCUCAAACUGGAAUGAAAGAAAAGUGCUUUUCAGCCCAGCAUUUGCCUUUUUAAAAAUGACAAAGGCAUUGUGGAUUGCCAUCUGCAUCAGAUAUAUGACCACUUUUUUAUACCAUGCCCUGGUCUUUCGCAUGAUCAAAUACGGCUGCAUCAGUUGAUCGGACAGGUCAACACCCCCCAUAUGCCGAUUAUAUUGCCGUAUGCAGACUGGAACUUGUUUACAUUCCUCUCUUCCACGAACUGUGACCCUCCGAGUGUUUUCACUAAGGAUGCUGGUUAAGAUGAAAACAUCCUUUUUAUCUCUGUACUUGAGUGCCAGCAGUUCAUUCUGGCAGAGAGCUGCUGUUUCCCCCCUUUUAAUUUUUUUGUUCGCUAGAGCCUUUGGGAAACCUGUGCGACUCUUCCGAAUAGUGCCACAGGCCACGGUCUCGAAGCAGUACAACAUUUUUAACAUUGGGAUGCUAUUAUAAAAGUUAUUGAUGUAUAAAUGAUAACCUGUAGCGGAGCUGCAGUAUUAAAUCCCAAUAUCUUCGCUGGUACAGAAAGUAAUCCAAAGUAAAGCGCUGGAAAAGAAGGCAAUAUCCCAAAUCCCCCAGUAACCGGAUGAAACACAGUUCUGGGAGUCAACUGACAAUUUUAUUCACAGCUCCAGUAUUUAUGCAAUUCCCCAUGCAAGGGGUUUCCUUAAUCACUUUACAGGAGUAUUACAGUAGAGGACUACAUGGGGAACUUAAUAUACAGAGCAUUUCUCCCACCAUGCACUGCUGUACGUGAGGGAUACUCCCACUAGAAUAUCCUGUUAAGUGGAUUAUCCCUCCAUAAAGCAGAACCAGGUUUUAACAUAAAAAUGUAUAACUUUAACAUUAUUCGUGGGAUUAUAAUAAAUGACCGUUCGGUAGAUAGCUGGGGUCUGAGCGCACACUACGCGAAAGUAUCAGCUCAGAUCCCAGCAUGAAUAACCGAACGCCGCGCGAAACAUACUUUUAUAUCAAAUUCCCCUAAAAGUACUGUACAACUAUUGAGAACCCAAAUACCGAAAGACCGAAGCUUCCGAACGGCCUGGAAGUCCAGCGGUGUUCGCGCCGUCUAGUAGCCGAUUUUAGUUCCAGGUGCUCGACGACCAAACACCACUGGGCUAACAAAGGACCUGUUAGCCUAUGCAUGCUCCCUGUUCUAAAACAUAAAAAUACAUUUUUACACCAGGUUAACACAGCUUCUUCAGACAACCUUUAAAUGUUCUGCAAUAUGACCUAAAGUGGCUAGGUUUACCACAUAACCUUUAAUAAGUAGUGUCAUUAUUAAGUCCCAGACAAUUUUCUCACUUGUCCCUACUAUAUCUGAGAAACCUGGGGGAUCAAGGUGGCUAUCCCUUCCUUUGUAUACACGGAAGGUGUAUACAUAGCCACUGCCACUUUCACACAGUUUAUAAAAUUUGAUCCCAUAUCGGGAUAUUUUGGAUGGGAUAUAUUGUCUAAACCCCAGUCUUCCCUUAAACUUCAUGAGGGACUCGUCAAUGGAAAUGUUUUUAUUGGGGGUAUAUAUAGUGGCAAAUUUACUGUUAAAGUGGGCAAUUAAAGGGCGUAUUUUAUAAAGAUCAUACUGCGGAUCACCCUUUGGGGGGCACUUGUUAUUGUCACUAAAGUGCAUAAAUCGCAGUAUGUCUUCAUAUCUUUCCCUCGUCAUUGUCUCUGCAAAAAUGGGGGUAUUGCAAAUAGGAUCUUUUUACACUUUUGUGGUGUUUGUGUUUAGCUGUAAUUUUCCGCUCUCUCAUUUACCGUUCCCAUACAAAUUAUAUAUUGUUUUUUUUCCGGACAAAGGGGGCUUUCUUUACAUACCAUUAUUUAUAUAAUCUCAUGUAAUAUAAUUUUAAAAAAAAAAUGAAAAAAUAUGAUGAAAAAUUGAAAAUAAUACAUGUUUUUUGACUUUUACGUGAAAAAUCUUUUACUCAUCUACUAAAGCGAAUGAAAAAAACUGCUAAAUAGAUUCAAAAUUUUGUCCUGAGUUUAAAAAUACCCAGUGUUUACAUGCUUUUUUGCUAUUUUUUUGCAAGUUUUCAGGGCUAUAAGGAUAUUGCAGUUUCAAAACAUACAUUUUUUAAAUUUAUCAAUAGUGACAUUGUAACACUAUUAUCUGUCAUAAAUCUCUGAAUAACACCCCACAUGUACAUUUUUUUUUUAAAGUAGACAACCCAGGGUAUUCAAUAUGGGGUAUGUCCAGUCUUUUUUAGUAGCCACUUAGUCGAAAACACUGGCCAAAGUUAGCAUUCAUAUUUGUUUGUGUGUGAAAAAAGUAAAAAACUAAAUUGAACGCUAAUUUUGGCCAGUGUUUGUGACUAAGUGGUUACUAAAAAAGACUGGACAUACCCCAUUUGCAAUACCUUGGGUUGUCUUCUUUUGCAAAUGGUAUGCCAUCAUGGGGGUAAUUCUCAUUCCUGGGCUACCAUACACUCUCAAAGGCAACGUAACCAACCUGGCCAUUUUCAAUGUAAAAAUAUUUGACCCAUAUAUUUGACCCUGUAACUUUCAAAAACGCUAUAAAACCUGUACAUGGGGGGUACUGUUAUACUCAGGAGACUUUGCUGAACACAAAUAUUAGUGUUUCAAAACUGGAAAACGUAUCACAACAAUUAUAUCAUCAGUAAAAGUGCUGUUUGUGUGUGGAAAAAUGCAAAAAAAAGUCACUUUCACUGACAAUAUCAUCGCUGUCAUAUGUUUUACUGUUUUGAAUCACUAAUAUUUGUGUUCAGCGAAGUCUCCCAAGUAAAACAGUACCCCCCAUGUACAGGUUUUAAGGUGUCGUAGAACGUUACAGGGUAAAAUACAGUGCUAGCAAAUUAAAUUCUCUGGAUUUUCGGCCUGGAUUGGCAGGCAGGUCCCUCAAAUUGCAAUCAAUAAUAUUACUUAAUUAUGUAAAAAUAUUACAUAAAUAAGCACGUAGAAUUUAAAUAUAUAAGCAUAUUUAUAUAUUUGAAGUCUACUUGUAUAUUUAUGUAAUUUUGUAUAUGGACAUAUGUAUAUUUCGUAUUAUUUUUAUUUAUUUAUAUAUACAUAGAUAUAUAUAUACAAUUUCAUUCUAAGUGUAUUUUGAUAUAAAUAUAUAUUAAUAUCAAAAUACAGUUAGAAUAAAAUUUCAUAUAGAUAUAUAAUUUUUUAAAUUUUUUUUAUUAUAUUUAAAAUGUUUUAUUUAAUUUAAAUUACUUAUUUGUAUUUUAUAAUAAUAUUUAUAUACAAUAUAUAUAGUUAUUAUAUAUAUAUAUAUAUAUAUUAUAUAUAUAUACGUGUGUAAUUUAAUUAUACGUGUAUUUUUAUAUUAAUAUAUGUACAAUAUAUGACAUUAUAUAUAUGAUAUAUAGACAUAUAUUAUAUAAAUAUAAUAAAUGUCUAUAUAUCAUAUUUAUAUACACAUAUAUAAUUUUUUUUUAAAUUAACAUUAACUAGCAGGGAGACACUAGCAGGGAGACUGACUGUCAGCACAGGCAGUCCCCCUGCAGGCAGACACAUGGACACCUGUGGCCAUGUGAUCACUCUGUUGAGCAAUCACAUGGCCACAGGGGUCCUAAUCCGCCAUUGGGAGACUGUCUGGGCUGCAGGCAGUCUCCCCACACUGGGAGCGCCGCCGGGAGAACGACGGCGAUCGGGUGAGUAAAUAAGACCAUUAGGACGGUUCACGACCGUCAUCGGUCGGCAAUGCAAAAAUGCUGAUGACGGUCCUGAACCGUCCUCGGUCCUUAAGGGGUUAACUUUCCCUGGGGCUGCAUGUGCUUAACCACAUGUCAGGAUAGUGGCUGCACAAAAGUCUGGGUGUCAGAUAUACAUCCUUGACCACCAUCCCCAACACUCUGUCACAAUAUAUAUAUAUAUAUAUAACUUCCACAAGAAAAGGCUGCUCUCCGGACUUAAAAUCAAAGAUUUUAUUGAAAAUGUUUAAAAAUGAUGACCCUUAUAUAUAUAUAUAUGCAGGACAUUGUGUAAAGUGAAAGAUAUUUGCGUAUGUAUGGACAAAUGAUGUAUAUAAUAUAAAUAUAGGACUAUCUGUAGUGUUCAGAUAAAGCAAUAAAAAGAGGCAGCACAUUAAAUAACAUCCCCUGUUAUGAAAAUAAUGACACUGAUAAAAUUAUUUAUGAUAAAUGUAGAUAUGCAGGGUACUAGGAUAUUUAUAUGUAUAUAGGAUAUGUAGCGGAUGGCAUUGGGCUGUCCUAAAAAGUGCAUUGAUGUCUAUGUAUUCGGUUGAAUUGUAACCUGUAUAUGUGAAGUGUAUGUAGCAUUCUCUGAUUGUUCGGUAAAAUCACUCCAGUUCUUAUGCGAAUGAAACUACCGAACAAUCAGACCACCCCAAUAAUAAGUGUGUCUCCAAAUACUGUUCGCAACAAUGUUGCAAAUGGGUAAUUGGCGGUUCGUGCAGUGGGUCCUUUGUUCUCUGGGUGGCCACCAUUCGGGAGAAAGAACACGUGACGGCAGCCAUUUUAAACUCCCGAACAGCGGUGUUUUGCCGUCGAGUGUCUGGAACACAAAUCGGACACUCGGUUAGGCAAACACCGCUGAGACCUCCACACUGCCGUCAAUUUGUAUACAAACUACCGAACGGCUUCUCGUUCGGUAGUUUGAAUCCCACGAACAAGGGAAAUUACAUGAAACCUCCCCAGCUCUCCUAACAUAAGUCAUUCGUGUGUUACAUUCCCUUUUCUGUGACCAACCGCAGGGCCAAAACACAUGGAACCCUUUUCGGCUGGUAAACCCAGUGCGGUUGGUCAUUUUACUACUUCCAUAAAUUUCCCAAACCCCUGGUCCGAUAUGGGUGAUUUUUGGAUAUGUGUCUCACCCAGAUCAGGGCUACCAGGGGAUGUAACAUUUAAAGGGGUACCCCUAUGUCUAGGGGUACAUCCAGAAACUCUGGGAAUUUGUGUCCUGCAUAAGGGGAUUAUGUGAUUAUGUGUCACACUAAGGGGAUGUGUGGGUGGCAACUCGUGGAGGAUUGGCUACUGUACUAAUUAUUGCAUAUCCCUCCCUUGCAUGGGAGAAUGCUUUAUAAGGAAGUUGUGCGCAUUAAAAGUCAGUUCUGCUCCUGAUGCUGUGUGUCGUCCAGUCAUUGGGAUCUGUAUGGGGAUAUUCGUGGUUUACUUUGCUUGCUGGAAUUAUUACUUCAUGGUAUUUUUACUACUUGUUCCUGAGCCUCACUGGGAUCUCUAGUGGAGUUAACCUGGGAAAUACCAGGCCUCCGCUACAGGAUAUAUGUUACAUUUUUCUGUGUGUGUAUGUAUAUAUAUAUAUAUAUAUAUAUAUAUAUAUAAACCAGGGGACUGCACUCACCUGAACAUGCAUAAAAGGAUGCUGCUGGGGCCAAUUCAUACAAUACACAAGAUACCAUGUUGCCUCCGAAAAUAGUACAAAAUGCUCCUAAUAUAUGCCCUACCCUGAAAAUAAGCCCUAGUCGUUCGCUAAUCUAUGUUCGGGGAAUUUUCUUCAAACAUAGAUUCACAAGAUUUCAUUCGCGAGUGAACUAAUCUAUGUUCGGGGAAGUGUCCCCGAACAUAGAUUUGUGGUAUUCUAUUAGUGAGUAAGCCAAUCUAUAUUAUGGAAAGUUUCCCUGAACAUAGAUUUGCUGGACUCCAUGCCCUAGUGAAUUGGUCUAUGUUCGGGGGAAUUCCCCCGAACGUAGAUCUGCUUUCUAGCACACGUUUUCCCGAAAUAAUAUCUCCCUCGAAAAUAAGCCCUAGUGCGUUUUUCAUGGGAAAAAUUAAUAUAAGACCAGGUCUUAUUUUCGGGGAAACACGGUAGCACUCACUUAUCCACUAAACAGCAACUCCAAAGUUUACAGAUUUUAUUUUAUUUUUUUUUAAAACAAAAGACAAAUAAUCUAGGCCAGGGGUUCCCAACCUGAUGGCCUUCUCCUCCACACUGUCACAUCCCCCCCUCACCCACUCUGUCAUACUACCCUCUCACCCACACUGUCACACUGCACCCUCACUCAAACUGCCCCCUCACCCACACUGUCACACUGCCUCCUCACCCACACUGUCACUGGCCCACACUGUCACACAGCUCCCUCACCCACACUGUCAAUGGCCCACACUGCCCACUCACCAACACUGUCUCACUGCCCCCUCCCCACACUGUCACACUGCCCUUCCACACACUCUCACACUGCCCCCUCACUGACACUGUCACAUUGCCCCCUCCCCCACACUGUCACACUGCCCCCUCACUCACACUGUCACACUGCCCCUUCCCCACACUGUCACUGGCCCACGCUAACACAUCCCCCCUCUCACCCACACUGUCACUGCCCCCUCACCCACACUGUCACACAGCUCCCUCACCCACACUGUCAAUGGCCCACACUGCCCCCUCACCAACACUGUCUCACUGCCCUCUCACCCACACUGUCACACUGCCCCUCACCCACACUGUCACAAUGCCCCCUCACCCACAAUGUCACACUGCCCUCACCCACACACAAUGCCACCUCACCCACACUAUCACACUGCCCCCUCACUCACAAUGUCACACAGCCCCUUACCCACACUGUCACAAUGCCCCCUCACCAAAACUCUCUUAUUGCCCUCUUCCUCACACUGUCACACUGCCCCCUCACUCACACUGUCACUGGCCCACGCUAACACAUCCCCCCCACACUGUCACACUGCCCCCCUCACCCACACUGUCACAUUGCCUUCUCCCCACACUGUCACAUACCCUCACCCACACUGUCACACUACCUCUCACCCACAUUGUCACACUGCCCCUCACCCACACCGUCACAAUGCCCCCUCACCCACACUGUCACACUGCCCCCUCACCCAAACUGUCACAUUUCCUUCCCCCCCACACUGUCACAUUCCACCCUCACCCACACUGUCACACUGCCCUCUCACCCACAUUGUUACACUUCCUCACCCAUUGUCACACUGCCCCCUCCCUCACACUGUCACAUUGCCCCCUCACUCACACUGCCACACUGCCCUUCACCCUCAUUGUCACUGGCCCACACUGUCACAUCCCCCCCUUACCCACACUGUCACACUGCCCCCUCACCCACACUGUCACUGGCCCACACUGUCACACUGCCCCUUCACCCACACUGUCACAUACCCCUGCCAUAAUAUCCUUCUUUAGAACAGGUGCCCAAAAUUACACAGCAUAUUCAAUAUGUGGUCUUACCAGUGAUUUAUAAAGAAGUAAAGUGAUAGUCUCUUCCCGAGAAUGAAUGCCCUUUUUCAUGCAUGACAAUACCUUACUGGCCUUAGCCACUGCUGAUUGACAUUGCACAUUGUUGCAUAGUUUAUUGUCUAUAACAAUUCCCAAGUCCUUUUCAUGUGUUGUUAUCCCUAAUUCGCUUUCAUUAAGGGUAUACGUUGCCGAAGUGCAUAACUGUGCAUUUUUCAACAUUAAAUUUCAUCUGCCAUUUAAGUGCCCAGUCUCCCAGUCUAUCUAAAUCCCUCUGCAGCAAAGUAAUAUCUUUCUCACAUUGUAUUAUUUUACAAAGUUUUGUGUCAUCUGCAGACACUGAAACAUGACUUUCAAUGCUUUUUUCAAGAUCAUUUAUAAACAUGUUAAAUAGAAGGGGUCCCAGAACAGAAUCCUGAGUGACACCACUUGCCACCCCUGACCAGCUUGAAAAUUUACCAUUAAUGACAUCUCUUUGUACUCUGUUUUUAAGCCAAUGUUCUUCCCAAGAACAAGCAUUUUCAUCUCCUUGAGUUUGAACAUUAAUUUCCUUGAGUGUGAACCCUAAUCUAUUGUGUGGAACUGCAUCAAAUGCCUUGGAAAAAUCCAAAUAGACCACAUCCACUGCAACACCCUGAUCUAUACUUCUAUUUACUUCUUCGUAGAACGCAAUCAAGUUAGUUUGACAUGACCCGUGCUUCAUAAAACCAUGCUGAUUUUUGCUGAUAACCAUGUUCUUCUCAAGGAAUUCUUGAAUAUUAUCCCUUAAUAACCUUUCAAAUAUUUUCCCAGCCACAGAAGUUAAGCUCACAGGUCUAUAAUUUCCAGGCAAUGAUUUCAAACCCUUUUUGAAUAUAGGAACCACAUGUGCCUUCCUCUAAGCCUCUGGAACACUUCCUGAAAGAAAAGAAUCUUGAAAGAUUAAAAACUUCAAUAAGGUUCACUUAUUUCUACACAUAGUUCCUUAACUACUCGUGGAUGGAUACCGUCAGGCCCUGGAACUUUGUUUAUAUUAACUUCCUUUAGUUGCUGCAGCAACUUGUCUUGAGUUAACCAAUUACAAUUAUUCUGCAUGUUUUUAGUAGCAGUCAUUUGCACAUCUAUUGCCAUGGGUUCUUCCUUAAUAUAUACGGAGGAGAAAUAGUUAUUUAAAAUUCCUGCCUUUUCCUGGUCUUCAUUAACUAACACCCCUAUUUCAGUUUUAAGUGUACCUACACUUUCAUUUUUUUAUUUUUUUUAGAAUUUAUGUACUUAAAUAAUGCCUUGGGGUUGGUUUUGCUCUCUUUGGCUAUCAUUUUUUCAUUUUGAAGUUUAGCAAAUCUAAUCGCCUUUUUGCACGCAUUAUUGGCUUCCUUAUAUCUUUUAUAGGAUGCAUCUGAUUUGUCCGAUUUAAAUGCCCUUUUCUUAUUUUUUAUCUCUUGUUUUACUUCUCUACUAAGCCACAUUGGUUUUCAUUUGUUUCUUUUAUAUUUAUUACCCAAUGAUACAUACUGAGAAAUGUACCUUUCUAAUAUUUGUUGGAAGAUGUUCAAUUUAUCCUCAGUGUUCUUUUCACUAAAGAGUUUAUGCCAGUCAAUAUAUUGUAAAUCUGCCCUUAACUUAUAGAAAUUAGCCUUUUUUGAAAAUUAUAUGUUCAACACAUGGCAACCAUAAAGAAGAGGCAAGGAGGAUAGCAACAUCCAAGUACCUCCAAAGAGUAAGACAGGUCCUGAAGUCCCAGCUCAAUGGCAAGAACAAGAUCCAAGCCAUCAACACAUAUGCCCUACCAGUCAUCGAGUACCCAGCUGGAAUAAUAACCUGGCCAAGAGAAGAACUGGUCACCAUGGAUGUCAAGACCAGGAAACUACUCUCUAUAAAUGGAGGAUUCCACCCGAAAUCCAGCACCCAGAGACUGUACACUGCCGGAAGUAAGGAGGUCGGGGCCUGACGAGUGUCAAGGAUUCCACCCGAAAUCCAGCACCCAGAGACUGUACACCUGCCGGAAGUAAGGAGGUCGGGGCCUGAUGAGUGUCAAGGCCACAGUCCUGGAUAAAAAGUCAAAUCAUCCACAAGUACAUCAUGAAGAUGGCUCCCAAAGAUGAACUGCUAAGGAAAUGCCUGAGACUUCCACAGAUCGAGGAUGCAGACAAAGAGGAUGUUCUUUGGCAAGACAAACCUCUCCAUGGGGUGUCCCACUGGCAGCUAGUGGAUGUGGCUCACAUGACAAAAUCCUACCAGUGGUUGGAAAAGGUAGGACUGAAAGACAGCACUGAGGCACUAAUCCUAGCAGCACAGGAGCAGGCACUCAGCACCAGAUCAAUAGAAGCUGGAGUCUACCACACCAGGCAAGACCCAAGGUGCAGACUGUGCAAAGAGGCCUCUGAGACAGUCCAGCACCUAGUAGCUGGAUGCAAGAUGUUGGCAGGAAAAGCAUACACGGAGAGACACAGCCAGGUUGCUGGGAUUGUGUACCGAAACAUUUGCACAGAAUAUGGAUUGGACCUUCCUAAGUCCAGAUGGGAGAUACCACAAAGGGUAGUUGAGAAUGACAGGGCUAAGAUCCUGUGAGACUUCAAGAUCCAGACAGACAAGCAAGUGCUGGCCAACCAACCAGACAUUGUGGUGGUAGACAAGGAACGAAAGACUGCAGUCGUGGUGGAUGUGGCAAUACCCAGUGACUAUAACAUCAGGAAGAAGGAACAUGAGAAGGUGGACAAAUACCAAUGACUGAAAGAACUAGAAUGGAUGUGGAAAGUGAAUGCAGUAGUAGUCCUAGUUGUGAUAGGAGCACUCGGGGCUGUGACUCCCAAGUUGGGGGAGUGGCUUCAACAGAUUCCAGGUGGGACAUCUGAGAUCGCUGUCCAGAAGAGUGCAGUUCUAGGAACAGCUAAGAUACUGCGCAGAACCCUCAAAUUCCCAGGCCUCACCACCCAGGAGGGGUGAGAAAAUAAUCUUUUUUUAUAUACAUAUAUGCUAUGCCGUCCAUGUGAUCGUGAGGUCCUCACAAGGACCUCACGAUCACAUGGCCCAGGGGGGCCGAAGAGGACGGAGGGGGACUCCCUGGGCUCCAGGUAAGUACAAAGGACGGUUUGGGCGUUCUAUGCUGCCCUCUGGAGUUUAGAGCCGGUUCCCUAAGGACGGCAUAGAACGCGCGCCGUCCUUAAAGGGUUAAACACAUUUAUUGAUAACUAGACAUAAUACAGCCUAAAUACUUUGAGAGGACAUUUUCUCAAAGCUUUACGCAUCUCUUGUAUUGGUUGAGGAAUGUAGGUUGUAUAAGCUGAUGACUUCCAGCGACCUAGCGGUUUAAUGAUAUGAACUGGAACAUCCUGGCUGGAUGUCGUAUAUGCGGCCUCUAUUCUAAAUGAGUGUCCUGAAUAAUGCUAGAGUUCAGGCCAAGCCUUAUUAACAAUAAGUGGAUGUAAAACAUGAAUUUGGACGUAUUGAGGAUAGCCUGUGCAGUGACAGAAGCGGCAGUGAGGCGUGAUUUUGUAGGGUAAGAAGGUAGGAAUCGAAAACUUUUACGAGGCACCAGGAAUUGUUCGUGGGGUAAUAAGGAAUGUGGACAGGUUGGCCUAGCUGGCUCGUUUUGGUCACGGGUACAGUAAGUAUGUAAUGAUCUAGGUGUUUCCUUAAAUAUGAGAUGCUGAGGCAGAGUUGUGCGUUAUGUUGUCCACUUAUGGUGAACUCCCGUGGUCUCAGGAAGCCGUAAAAGGCCAAGUAUAUGGCGGUUUUAAUGACUGAGUUUGUCUGGGGUUCGAACAGGGCUGAACUAGUACCUCUGACAUGACUUUGAAUAAAUGUUUGUUGAUGGUACCUGGUAAUUGAUUUGGGGUCAAAGGCCAGUUACGGCCAAUCGGAUCCACAGAAGGGGUAUUUAAAUCCAAUUCUCCUUUUGCUCAUUGCCCUGUUGUGGUUUCGUCCUGAUGGUAAUCCGAGAGUGCGUUCCUGAUCUUGAUUUUCUGGUAUUUGACUUUGGCUUAGUUUUUACUUCCCUGAAUUCUGGUAUCCUUGACUUUUGGCUUUCCCUCAUCGUUGUGUCUGAUUCUGUGUUCCUGACCUAGUAUUUUGACUAUUCUUGGAUACAUUAAGACCGGCCAUUCUAAGGUCCAUUUAUAUGUUAUCCUUAGUCCUAGGUGUGACACAGUUCUGCAUGCUGGAUCAACUUGUAAUCCUGACACCCUGGACCCAAGACCAGGAUCUAGCUUCCAGUGGGUAAACCUCUCCUCCAAGAGAGUGUAGAAAUAUGCUCUUAAAAGAGCAAGUGAUUAUAAUCGCAGGGAAUAUAGUAAUACAGCAAUCCCCAGAGUGAAAGUAGCUGUCCCCUCCACACAUGAGACGAGAUUCUAUGUUAAGGAUGAAGAGGAACUCAUUUAUUGGUAACCUUAUAUGCAAGUCCCCAUGCAAGGGGCACUCCCCCCUGGACCUGAGAGUAAACCACAGCAGAAACAUACACACAAUUACAUUGGCUUUUACUCGGCUAGAUUUUAUGCUGUCCUUCAAUUUGCUGGCGCUAUAUAAAUAAUACAAUAAUAAUAAUACAGGGCCACCCCGCCCCCUUUCUUGCCUUCCCUGUCUUUUCUAUAUAAAGAGUACCCUGGUAUUGCUAAGUCCAGUCAUUUUUCUCAUUAUACCAUGCCUCAGUAACAAUGACUAAAUCUACUUUAUCAGAGAGCCGCGCAGGAGGAAGGAGGAGAGAUUCAGAGUGGGAAAUCUGACUCCCAUCAGGCUGAGCCCUCACUGGACCACAGGGAAAGUCACCCUCCUGCAAAAAGUAGGAAACAGGAGGGCGACUUAAACAUUUUGUAUAUGUGCAUGUAUGUGUAUGUAUGUGUCUGUAUGUGUGUUUGUCUCUGUAUGUAUGUGUCUGUAUGAUAGACACAUACAUACAGAGACACACACACAUACAGACACAUACAUACAGACUGUAUGUAUUGUCUGUAUGUGUGUGUGUGUCUGUGGGUAUGUAUAUGCCUGUGUGUAUUUCUGUCUGGGUGUAUGUGUGUCUAUACCUAUGUGUGUGUCUGUAUGUAUGUAUGCGUGGGGGGUGGGGACACUGAUCAGUUUCGCACCAGGGCACCAUGGAUUGUGUGUACGCCACUGCGAGUGCCCACUUUUAUUUGAUAAAUUAUUUGGAUAUAUAUGUACUGAUAAGAGUUUAUGUUUUUAAACUGAGACAGUGCAAUAAAAGCUACAUUUUAACAGAAAGCAAGUGCUCUGAGUGCUGACCAUCCUUGAAAGUAUGUAUAUGUGUGUAUAUAUGUGUUUGUGUGUGUGUAUAUAUAUAUAUAUAUAUAUAUAUAUAUAUAUAUAUAUAUAGUUAUGUCUUUAAGCUAGCAACAAAUUAUAUAUGUAAUUUAUUCGUAUUAUUGGUAGAACUGAAAGUUAUAAAGGCAAUCGUGUAAAGUUUUGUGAGCAUUUUGUACAUGCAAAAAAUGAAUUAAAACAUUCUGCAAAUGGUCAUAUAUAGAACAACCUGUAGGAACAGUAACUCAGACAGGUGCAAAGUGAAGGGUUUAUUGAAGCUCAUAAUGCCGAAAAGCCUUAUUUGAUAGCUGUAUGGUUUAAUAAACUUUGCACCUGUCUGAGUUGUCUGUUCUACUUAUAUGGUUUAGAGAUCAAUGGUUCCCCUAGGGAUGGAGCACUGACUGGUAAAAUUAAAUGGAAUAAGCAACCUUAAAGGGACACUUUAGUCACCCAGACCACUUCAGCUCAAUUAAGUGGUCUGGGUGCAAUGUCCCUCGGGUUUUAACCCUUCACAUGUAAACAUACCAGUUUCAGAGAAACUGCUAUGUUUACAUAGUAGGGUUAAUCCAACCUCUAGUGGCUGUCUUCUUGACAGCCGCUAGAGGCGCUUCUGCAACGCUGGAUGCGAAAUUCGCAUUCAGCGUGCAGAAUGUUCAUAGGAAAGCAUUGAGAAAUGUUUUCCUAUGGACUAUUAGAAUGUGCGCGUUGCUCUUGCCGCGCAUGCGCAUUCCGCUCCACUCGGGGACUGACGAUGGCGGGGGAGUAGAUAAGUCGCUGAAGGGGUUUUAACCUUCAGCCCAGCGGGAGGGAGACCCUGAGGGUGAGGGUUCCCCAAGAAUUAUAUAGUGUCAGGAAAACUAGUUUGUUUUCCUGAAACUAUAGUGAUCCUUUAAGUGCAAUAUUCUGUGUAUGCCACAAGUGGAGAAUUUUGCUCAAUAUUAAAAUGAAAAUAAAUGAAAUUUGUAGCAAUUGUGAUUCAAUGCAUCUAAACCUCUUUACAUGUUCGCUCACUGCAAUCAUUGUUUUUAUUUUAUUUUUUUUAUAUAUGAAGAAAACAUUUUUCUCAAAAUUCAUUUUCUAGUAAAGUAAAGCUGUGUUAUCUUUUUGCAAGAACAUAGAAUAUGAGAACUCUGAAAAGCACCAAGAAACUCAGUAGCUUGACCAUAAGGGCAGUCCAGAUCUGGAAUGCUGCACGUUCCCUCUGCACAAGAGAUACAGCAACCCUGAUUGUUUCAGCCUUCCUUGGGACUCGUUAGCGAGGUGUAGCUGAUACACCUCUAGACACAGUGAGGUGUUAUUCUUUCAACUUAAGUAGAACCUAAGCAAAUGCAGUUUAGCAAAAACAGAGAAAACUCUCAGUAUUGACACAAAUUCAAACAAACUUAAUAGCCUUACCCUUCAGUUAAUAACAAGUCUGAAAAUAGUUAUAUCGUUUUUGUUUGCUCAUGUUUUUAGUUCGGAUCCUUCCGACUUCAACAUAGAAAAAUCAGCUUUUACUGAACUGAACAAGAAAAAUGGAAUUGUUAUUCACACUAAGGGAAGACCAGUCCUACUAAUAAGCAGCACAAGCUGGACAGGUUAGGCUUUUGUUCUAAGAAAUUCAAAACUGUUUUUUAAUAAAUUAAAUAUUUACUGAAAUUUAACAGAAAGUAUGUAUUUGCAUAUAUGUGUGGCUUUUUUAUUUUGGCUUUAUUUUUCUUAAAUCAAUCAUGACAUGCAAUAUUUCAUGUGUUAUUGUUCAUCUGAGGUUGUUUUUACCUCAUUUUAAGACCUGUUAAAGAACAGAUGACUGUUAUUAUGAUAUGUAAAACCAAAGAAUUCAUAGAGGAUGUACUUUCUUUUUCCCAUGACUCUAUCUAUCUAUCUAUCUGGGCUCAAAAUUUUGCUACGACUAGUAGAAAUUCACCCCUGGUGAUCAUGUUUUGACUUGCAGUGGGGUAAUUUUUAAGGGCUGCCUAGUAGUAUAGGAGUUCAAAUUUAAAUCAGUAUGUGUGUUUUUGUAUGGGCACUCAAUGAACCUUUGAAAAUGAAAAUGGUGUGCAACAAUUAACUUUUGGACCUCUCAGGUUCUUGAGAAAGGAUCCUGUGAGGUCUUUAAUAUUGAUGCUGCACACCAUUAUGUACUCAACUUCACUUGUUUUUUCCAGUAAUGUACUCAGUAGAAUGUGUUUGUUUUUAUUUAUAUUUUUAACUACAUUCGUUCAUAAUAUGUACAUAUCUGAUUUAGAUUUUUGUUUUUUUGCUUCCACCUCACAGAAGACGAAGAUUUUACAGUGUUGUUGAGAGCAUUGCAAGGCAAGUUUAUUAAUGCCCGUUUCUGUGUGUGUAUAGAAGUAUUACACUGCUACUUGAGAGGGGGAAGAUCUUUACAUAAUUCACUGGAACUUUAAUUACAUAUUGUCAUAUUUAAAAAAAAAAAAACGACAAUAGGUGCGCUAUAUCUUGAAGUGCAAUACUAUUAAAGCAGCACACAAUAUAGAAAAUGACAGUGCAAUGGCAUACAGUGCUAAAUAUUGUGAAAAAACACUACCAGGGAUCAGGGUGACUUUGGAAGCUUUGAUUUUAUGUGUGUUACAAAUAAAGGCUGUUCAUUUUUCCACUGGCUGGAGUGAAGAUCUACUUACUAAGGCUGUCAUAGUUAGAGCAGACUCAUUUGCUCUGCGUUUGUGAGUUCAUUACCUAUCUCACUUAUAUUUUCAUAUUGUGUGUAUUUUACAGUUUUACACUAUAUAUAUUUUUUUCUAUUUUAUGUUUCUAAUACUGGGUUUUACCUGGAAUUUUGCUGCUAUUUUAAGUUGUUUUUACAUAACUUUUUUACAUAACUUUUGCACAAUAUCACUUUAAGUGGUUUUUCAGUUCACAUUUUUGUACUAAUAAGCUGUGUUUUUUUAUACUAUUGCUGCUUAUUUAUAUUAGUGAUUUUCACUGGAUUGAAGCACUUUAUAUUAACCCCUUAAGGACCAAACCUCUGGAAUAAAAGGGAAUCAUGACAUGUCAUACAUGUCAUGUGUCCUUAAGGGGUUAAGGUUUACACAGAUUGUUACAAGUGUGCAUAAGUGUUUUUUUCACAAUAUUUAGCACUGAAUGCCAUUGCACUGUCAUUUUAUAUAUUGUGUGCUGCUUUAGUAGUAUUGCACUUCAAGAUAAAGCGCACCUAUUGAUUUUUGUUUUUUUUAAUGGUUUUAGGAGUGUUCUUUUGGGCUAAUACACGUUUUUUAGGUGCUGCUUUCACCUUUUUAGUUUAUCUAAUUUUUUUUUAUAAUUAGAGCGAAAUCUAUUCACUUGUUUGUGUUUGUACGCUGAUAUUUUUUUAAAACUACAGUAUUUAGUUUACAUUUCUAGCUUCCUGGUCUGCAAUAAAAAGAACUACAACCAUUCUUACAAUGUAAACUGGUUUGCUCCUUAGUUAUUGUCAUAGUAAAAUGUAAAACACCAAGUAAGAUAUGUUUCCUUAAUUUUAAACUAAAUUCCAUUUUGUGUGUAUGUAUACUCAUGCUCUUAAUAUCUUAAAGGAAAACUGUUACAUUUGUUAUUUAAAAUAAAAGCUUGCAAUGAUAGUCUCUCUACGCAUUAUUUUGUAAUCAUACAUAAUUUCGGUGUCUCUCAUGAGUUACCCUUGCUAUAUGGAGGCAGCCACCUUUAAUCCAAGUUUCAGUAAAGGGGCACAAGAUAAAAGGAGCUUGAGAUCAUGUUUUGUGCAGCCAUUGCCUUAGUGAUUUGUUUUGAACCCGACUGAAAAACCUACAUUUUUGUUUCCUACAAAAAUACACAAGGAGAGAAAUCUAAUUUAAUAAACUUGACAUCAAAAUUAUGAAUUCUGGAAUGCCUUUGAUUUACUGUUUGCAUGAUUUUAUUUUUUAUUAGAUUAUGAAGAGUUAAUCAGAAAUGGAAUUAAACUUCCACCUUUGGUCUGCGUUAUAACAGGUAACACUAGUAUUUAGAUGCAUUUUGUUAGAAGCAGAACAUAGAUAUACAUAUUUGUUGAAUAUUGUAUGUGUGUAUGUGUGUGUGUGUGUGUGUAUAUACAGUGCUGCACAAAAUUACCUUUCAGAAAUCUUGGUAAUUAUAUCAUAAAUAUUUAUUAAUCUUGAUUGUGGUAAUAUUUUGUAUUUGUCAGAUUUCAUUUCUGUUUUGGAAAGUGUAUGGCAGAUAUUACAAGGAGUGUCUGUCUUAUCAUUUUAAAGCUGAAGUUAGCUAAAUUUAGUAUGCUAAGACUGUAUGUUUAAUAUAAAUCAACAAAUCCAAAGUUCAGCCCAUCCUAACCCUAUAUAUAUCGCUCUCCCGAGUAACUUUCUUCUUUGCCUACUUUCUUCUUUGCCUUUGUAACACACUUCACUGAGAAGAUUUCUGUGAUCAGGAAAGAGGUCUCUAAUCUCUCUUCUACCUCUGCCAUUACUUCAAUCUCACAACCUCCUCUGUUUUAUGCUCACUCGCACCCACUACACCAGCAGCACUAACCCUCACUAGAAUAUCUCUCCCUCUAAUCUAGCAUAUUUCCUUCACCCAUCAAGCAUGCAAUCAUCACCUAAAUUCUAAAAAAGCUAAACCUUGACCCCAAAUCCCCAUCCUACUACUGCCCUAUCUCACAACUACCAUUUGCCUCCAAGAUCCUUGGGAGAGUUGUGAAUGCUAGAUUGACCGAAUUCCAACUCUCUGUUCGACCUGCUUCAUUCUCGAUUCUCUGCUUGUCACUUUGUCUAAACGACCCUGACCAAAGUAUCCAACAAAUUAAUUGCUGCUCUGUAUCUAAUGGUCGCUACUCUCACCUAAUUCUCCUUGACCUUUUGGCUGUUUUUGACAUUGUUGAUCAACAGCUUCUUCUCAAUCUCAGUGAUCUUGGCCUAUGAGACUCUGCACUUUCCUGGUUUUUCUCCAACCUCUCCCAACGCCCAUUCAGUGUUUCUUUAUCUGGCUCUUCCUCUCCUUCGCAACCCCUCUCUGUCCUUGGUCCCCUACUGUUUUCCAUCAAUACUGCCUCCCUUGGUAAACUCAUCAGCUGUCUUGGCUUAAAAUAUCAUUUCUAUGUGAAUGACACACAAGUCUAUCUGCUCUCUCCGUUCCUCCUGAUUCGUGUCUCUGACUGCCUCUCUGCAUUUUCAAAUUGGAUGGCUGCUCAUUUUUUUAAACAUAAACUGUCCAUCUUUCCUCCCUCAAGUGUUGCUACUCCUGUGUCUCUCGCCCUCCAAGUCAAUGGCAUUACCAUCAGCUCUACCUCGCUGUCUAGGUGUUCUCUUUGACUCUGACUUCUCCUUUACUCCUGCAGUCCAUUCACUUGCCAGUCCUGCCACUUCUAUCUCAAAAACAUAGCUCACAUCCGCACCUAUAUAAUGCUGGAUGUGGCCAAGCUGCUGGUCCAUGCCGCUUUCAUCUCUUGCCUUGACGACUGCAAUCUGCUUAUCAGUGGUCUUAUACGUUUCCAGCUGACCACGUUACAGUCUAUAAUUAAUAAGGCAGUGAGGCUCAUCUUCCUGACCGCCUGCACCUCCUAUGCCUCCCACCUCUGUCAGUCCUUGCACUAACUUCCCGUAAGAUAUGGGGCUCAAUUUAAAUUCUGGUUCUGCUUACAUGUCUUUACAUAACGCUGCUCCUAUCUACCUAUUCUCACUGAUACACAAAUAUGUCCCGUCCAGGGCCCUAUGCUCUGUAGAAGAUUUCCAUCUAUAACCUGUUCGUACUCGUACCUUUGAUGCCCACCUUCAAGACUUGAGCUGUGCCAUUUCUAUGGAACUCCCUUCCCUGCUUUAUUUGACUCUCACUCAGUCUCAGCUCUUUCAAAAGAUGAUAAAAACUGUUAAUAGCUUUACUUCCCCGCACCUUUGUUACCCACCCUGCUUAAUCUCCUGCAACUGUGCCAUCCAAAAACCUAAUCCUUCCCUUACCUCUUGCACAACUUUACCCUACUCCCUCUAGAACAUAAGCUGGUUUGAGCAGGGCCCUCAACACCCUCUGUUUCGUUGCGUCCAGCUCGUCUUGUUGCAAAUACAUGUCUGUUAGUCCACCUAUUUGUACAGCGCUACAUAAUUUGUUGAUGCUUCAUAAAUAAUACUAAUAGUAAAAAUAUUGUGGCUGUAGCUCUAUACCUUAAAUCGCAGGCAAUGUUCAGUGUUUAAGAGAGAAAUAAAGGCAUAUAUAGAUUCAGUAUGUGAAUAUAAUUAAACCAUACAUUUUAAAACGUUAAUUAAGCUUGUUGGAACAAAAAGUCAAAAUUUUAAUAGCUUGAUUUAUUAAAAUGUUUUUUAAAUUGAAAAUUACAUAAUUUAACCCCUUCAAUACCAAAAUCGAAUAUUAACAUCUUUCUUUUCAUUUAUUUUGAAGUAAGAAAUCUGGUCUAUAAAGACUCACUUAGCCUCAUUUAUAUAUAUCAUUACCAUCCUGUAAACGUAAAAAUUACAGAAACUACUAGUCUUAUUAUAAUGCCUGCAAAUAUGCUGAAAGUGUUUGCUCAUCCUCUGCUUUUAAACAGUGCAGGAAGUUUCAAUGGAUUAUUUUAUCUCUACAGUCACAGCGGGGGUAGGAGUGAGUAAACUCCACCAUUUCACUUCUGGCAUGACAUUAACAGUUCGGAGAUUGAUAAAGAUUGGCAUAGCCGUUUUAAACACAUUUUUAAUAGAAAAAUAUGAUUUUACCGUAUUUACUGUAUGUGCGCAUUAUGCUCAAAUGCAGACAUACUAAAAAUAGUAACAGAAUGAAAAAAGUAAGUCAUACUGCUAGUAAUGACUUUGUGGUCCUUGUAAAUAGCUUAAACAAAUUUUUUUUUGUAUAUUUUUGUCACAUCUACUGUAUGUAAGAGAAAUAUUUUUGCUUUUAUACUAAAAUGUUAAAACUUGUGUAAAAUAUUGAAAGAUAAAGGACACUGUAUACUGUCUAAAGCUUUUUAUAAAGUGUGAAUGAAUGAUUAAGUGAAAAACAAAAAUAGUGUAAAUUUACAUAAUUGAAAUUUUUACAGUUGUCUGCAAAGCAAGCCAAACGCAAAAUUGCUGCUUUGUGAUAUGUUUAUAUGCUAUCUUUGCAUACCUUACUUCAAAAAAAUAUUAUGUUAAAAAGAACAAAUAUUAAAAAAAGUUUGCUGGUGAAGGUGGUAAUCCCUAUGUUUUGCAUAUCCACUGUUGUUUUGUUGAAACGUUUGUGCUUUGUAGGCUACUUAUAAAUGUGAGUUGUACUUUGCUGCUAUGAACAAAAAGAAAAAGUGGUAAACCAUGAUUAAUCUAUGUAAAUAUUGCUUCUGAUCUGUUCAUUUUGUUAUGGAUCAUUUAUUGACCUCUUAAGUGCCUGGUUUUCAGUAAGGAAUUGCAGAUAUUUGGCCAAAAUUGCUGUGUUGCAAACAUGAACGAGACUUACGGGGUUAUUUACUAAAGUCAGAAUUGUGAGGAAUUCAAAGUGAGUUUCAAAUUUAGGGCAAAAAAAGUUAAUUUGGAAAAAUUCUGCAAGCCACUUAUGCUUCCAGAGUGGUCUAAAAUGUGAAAUUCCCCUUUUCGGCAGUUUUCACUUUGGUGAAUAACCAUGUUAGAGAUUUUUGUCCAGCAAAAUAUGCAAUUCCACAGCAAAUAAUUCUGCGAGGGACAAAGAAAAAUGAAAAAUAGGUUUUGUUUUAGAUAUAUAUGCUCCUUUUUCUAUAUUGAUUUAAGAUCAAAUGCAUUUUUCUUUCUACAUUUGCAGGCAAAGGCCCAUUAAAAAAAUAUUAUACUCAGUUAAUGGAGGAGAUGUACUUUAAGCACAUCCACAUUUGUACACCAUGGUUAGAAGCUGAAGAUUAUCCACUUUUGCUAGGUAAUAUAAACAGUGAAGAACACUAUGUAGUCAAAAGAAUGUCAUGUAUUUUUUAGUCAUAAUCUGGUUAAUUUAUUGCCAUAUACAGAUGCAUUUAAUCCAGUGUUUUAUGCCUAGGUUGCCGUUUGAUCAACUUAAAGGACCACUCUAGGCACCCAGACCACUUCAGCUUAAUGAAGUGGUCUGGGUGCCAGGUGCCUCUAGGAUUAACCCUUUUUUUUAUAAACCUAGCAGUUUCAGAGAAACUGCUAGGUUUAUAAAUGGGUUAAUCCAGCCUCUAAAUCCUCUAGUGGCUGUCUCAUUGACAGCCACUAGAGGCGUUUGCAUGCUUCUCACUGUGAAAAUCACAGUGAGAAGACGCCAGCGUCCAUAGGAAAGCAUUAUGAGACUGGCUGAAUGCGCGCGCAGCUCCUGCCGCGCAUGCGCAUUCAGCCGGAGAGAAGGAGGAGAGCUCCCCGCCCGGCGCUGGAAAAAAAAAUGUAAGAUUUAACCCUUUCCUCUCUAUCCAGCCCCGCGGGAGUGGGACACUGAGGGUGGGGGCACCCUCAGGGCACUAUAGUGCCAGGAAAACGAGUAUGUUUUCCUGGCACUAUAGUGGUCCUUUAAAUUGUUUUUGGUGUUUAGGUCAUGCUACUGCUGUCUCACUGCUCAAUUCUCUGCCGUUUCAAAGUUAAAUCAGCCCUUGCCUCCCAUAGCCUCCCGCUUACACAACCCCCUACACACUUCCUUUAAAUAAAUAUCUAAUUUUUAAACUUCCUUUAUUGGACAGUGCGUUUAUUUUAGAAUUUGUUUUGUGCUCUGGUUAUCACUUUCUAGAGCUUGCACAUUUAAAUACAAUUAACAGUAAAGGAGAUAAGAACAUCUUAAGUAAAUAAACUGUGCUGUAAGAUCUGAUUGGAAAUUAAACCAUUUUUUUAUUGUUGGCUGUGUGAGUCUCAGCCAGAGGAGGCAGCUAGUGCAGCAGGACCAAAGCGAUUUAACUACAUAGUGGCAGAGAAUUGUGCAAUGAGGAUGCAGGAGCAUGCAUGAUCUAUAUACAAAAAAAUCAUUGCAUUAAGCUUUAAGUAGUGUAAUGGUGACUCUGUGAACAUAACAUAAAAUGUUUGCAACUGCUGUGUUUGACAUCGAUAAAAAAUUGUAUGUGUGUUUUGCCCAGAAAGCGUACAUUCUCAGUUAAAGUUUUCUUUAGUUCUGCUUUAUUUUUUCAUUUCAGAUUUUUUAAGUUUCUAUUAAUUUUUUUGGCAUCUCAAAGGGAGGAUUGCAGCCCACAUAAAAUGUUAAAUGUAUAUGAACAACAAUGGAAUCUAUUAUUUGUGUUAUCCUAACGGUCAGCAUGCACACCUGAUGGAGGGCUUGAUUUACAGUACGACAAGAAUAGAUUUUUGAAGUGUGAGGGCUAUUGGGCAUUCGAAUGGCAUUAAAAAUGUUUAGCCACUCAACUAACAUAAAUCAGUACCACUGUUAAAACAAAUGUUUUGCUUGAGACGAAAUACAAAUUGUGGAGAUUUGAGCACACUUUAGGAUGCAUUCUGCACCUAAUAAAAUUUUAGUUGCACUUCACCAUUGGCCAUACCACUAGUGACAAUUCCAAAACGUCUUUGUUUUUUGCCAAGUUUUCUAUUCUACACAACAGAACUACUUAUCACUGCAUUACAUAGUAAUUAAGGUUGAAAAGAUUCAAGUCCAUCUUUUCCAACUCUUGUUUCUGCUAUUUACUCAAAUGCAACACUGCCCCAGGAAUCCCCUCCAGUGGCCAUCGGAGGAGUGGCUACUGGAGGUGUCCCUGGGGGGUAAUAUAAAUAUUCCUUGCAGGUAUGAAAAUGCUUGCAGGGAAUGAUUAUACUCACCAGAACAACUUCAUUAAGCUGUAGUUUUUUUGGUGAUUAUAGUGUUACUUUAAUUUAUGCUAAAAUGAACAGUGGCUGACCAGUAUCCAUCUUCUGCAGAUGUUCUGUGUAUGGUUUUCCAUGUUUUUUUGUCCAGCUGCUACCACCUAGACAGCACACCUUUUUAUUGUUGUCCCAGGUUGGACAUAUUUGACUCCACUUUCUCAAUGUAGCUGAGGAGAGGUUAUCUGGUUGUUGUUUCCAUUUCACAUUCAUGUACUAUGGUAUAGUUUCAAUUGACUAUCUGCAACAUAACCACUACACUGAAGUAGUGGUUAUGAUACAUGGAGUGCCACUUUAAAUAUAAUCUGCAAUUUUGGACCCCAGUUUGAAUGAAUAUAAUGGGACUGAAAAAUACGACAAUCGAUAAUAUUAUAGCUAGAUUUUGUCACUGGUCUGCACAAAUGCAGACUAUUUAUUUUAUUUCUUGGUGAUAAUCUCCUAAAAAUGCACAAUUGCAUAUUUUUCACUAUAUUUUUUUAAAUUUCAGGAUCAGCUGAUCUAGGAGUUUGUCUACAUAAAUCAUCCAGUGGUUUGGACUUACCUAUGAAAGUAGUUGAUAUGUUUGGUUGUUGCCUUCCUGUGUGUGCAGUUAAUUUUAAGUGGUAAGGCUCAUCAUAUAUCUUAAAAUGUUUUAUACAAAGCAAUUUCUGUGUUGCAUGCUAAACAUAAUUGCUUCUUUGGGUUAAUUGUGUACUCUACAAGUCCCCACAUCCGAUCUUGUCCUGCAAGAGUUAAAGCAUGUCUGCACUGUGCUAAGCUUGAUCAUUUCAGUAAUGUGCUCAUUGGCUAAGAAAGCCCAGCUGACGCUAUUGGCCAAUAAGCACAUGCUUUUUUUAGCUCAGUGGAGCUCACUCGAUGUCCCACACUACCAUGUUACAUUGCUAAAAUGUUGGAAAACAGUUUGCCAAAUUAUACUGGGAGGGUGGAAAGGCACUCCUGCCACCAAAAUCACAACAAUGGACUUUAGUGAGUAUGGUGGUUGGAUUGUUCCUUUAAGAUUUGUACAUGUGAGACUGUUUUUGAUGAAUGUAUUGUAUUGAAACAUGGAGUCUCCUGGUAUUAAUUAUAUUUAGGCCAUUUGUGCUAUUAAAGGUGAGGGAUGAAGAUAUUUUCAGAUGUCUAGUGGUUAUUCUUGAAUGGUUACGUGUAAUACAUCUCAAAAUAUUCCAGAAUGAUAACACAAUUUUCUAAAGCGUGUUUAUAUGUAUACAACACAGAAAUGGGGGAGAUAAAUCAAAAUCAGGGUGGCAGUUUAGCAUUUAGCCCUUGAAGAUUUGUCAUUCUGCUUUGACAUCCAAGCCAAUUUUUUUUUUUUUUUUUUGUGCCAAUCGAGAUACCAGCACAGUUUUUAGAUAUAUAAACAAGUUUAACCCCUUAAGGACACAUGACAUGUGUAACAUGUCAUGAUUCCCUUUUAUUCUAGAUGUUUGGUCCUUAAGGGGUUAAACAAGAUAAACAAUAUAGAAAUGGCUAAACUUUCUGCACAGCCUAUGCCUUGUCUGCAGAGCCACAGGAGUUGCCCUCAAGUGUCCAGUAAUGCCAGAACCAGAACAAGGUUUAGGAAGGUGAGUGUUGUAAUUCCACUCUGCAAGUAUCCUGGCUGCACAAACUCAGCAUCGUCAGCAAGGCAGAGGAAGGAAAAGUAAAUGGCUAACGUAUAGUCGUCAGCCUGGUGAUCUUCUACUGCGACCAUCUGCAUAAACAUUGGAGUAGCAAGCUUGUCAGUCGGUUCUUCAGACUACAGAGAGUCAGUUGUGGAUAGUCCGAUUGGGAUUUUCUCUCGUUCAACAACAGGUGAUGUAUGGGCAGUGAGGGGCUCCGGUGUCUCUCUGGUAGUCGAGCCAUUAAGACUGUAAAUUUUCUUGCAGCUGCUGGAAAGUAGACCAUGGCUGGGUCACUUCAGGAGGCCUGACAGUGAUUGCUGCCAUAGCAGGGACAGAGAGCCUAUGCUGGUGUUGCUGACCUUGGGAUGGUCUCCAGGGACCGGGAUGACCCCCCCCACUGGUCCAUAGGUGAGAGCAAUCCAGAUUCAAGAUUUCAGACAGUUGUGGCAACGGGAGAGCAGCCACCUCCCCUGCAUCAGCCAUGCUUGUAGGCCUCAGGUGACAAUCAGAUGAUUUUUGCAAAAGUGGUGGCUUAUUUGGCCAGGUAUGUUGAGUUAUAGCUGAUUUUCGGUAAUUUACCGUUUCAUUUGCGGUGCCGCUUCAUUUGCAGUGAUAAGCCGGAGUAGCAGUGCUAGCCUCUGUACAGCUCAUUAGUCAGGCUCUGCCCCUAUUUUAAAUGUAUUUAUUUUAUUAAAAUUUACUAGGAAUUCUGCUAGCACCCUGUAUGGAUGAAACUGACAGGGUUAUUCACUAAAGUGAAAAUUUUUAAUAAAUGCAAACUGUAUUUUAAAUUUAAGUCACACUGGAAAAAUUCUCUAAGUCAGCUAUGUUUCCAGUUUGACUACCUUGGCCUUAAAUUUGAAAUUCACUUACAGGGUUAUUCACUAAAGUGAGAAUUCAAAGUUAAUUCAAAGAAAAUUUCUAAUUUAAAGCCGACUUUAGCUUAGCCUGAAUUAAAUCAAAAUGGUUUCACUUUCAAUCAGAUUUAACUUACUUUAAAUAUUUUUAUUUCCUGCUCUGUAAAUUGAACUGUAAUUACAAACAGAAGGUUCCUGCAAGGCGUAGUAAGCUAUUAUUGUGCACUCUGGAAUGCCCGCUCCUUCUGCAGCAAUAUAAAAUUAACAGCCAUACAGGACCUUUUCAUAUCAAAUUCUUUCACAUUUCUUGCACUCACUGAGACCUGACUGUCCCACUCUGAUACUGCUACUCCUGCUUCCAUAUGUUAUGGUGGGCUACAAUUCUCGGAGACCAAGCAACUAUAAAGGAUGUAGUGUAGGUAUCCUUCUCUCCCCUCAAUGUACCUUUCAACCUAUCCUCCCUGCCCUAUCCUUUACUUCCUUUUGAAGUUCACACUGUCUGUCUAUUUAAAUCCACUCCUCUAAGAAUUGCCAUCAUUUAUCGCCCUCCCCGGUCAUCCUAGGCUAUUUAUUUUUCCUUCUGGCUACACUAUUUCCUCUCCUCUUGCACUCCUUCCCUCAUUCUUGGGGACUUUAAUAUCCCAAUCAACAACCCUAACUGCCCUGAUGCCUCUCGUCUGCUCUCUAGAACCUCCGCACACAGUGGUCUAAUUCAUUAACUCAUAGAGCAGGAAACACUCUUGACCUCAGCUUCACCAAUCUCUUUGCCACCUCUAAUCUCUCCAAUGUACCAUUUCCUCUAUCUGACCACCAUCUGCUGUCCAUUGACAUCCGCAUACCCUGUACCCAAAGUACCUCAACAUCACCUCAUCAGUUUUGCAGAAACCUCCAUUGUCUUGACCUACAGCAAGUCUCCACCAACUUCCAAAGUCUCCUUUUACCAAUCUCAAAUCUCACCUUCCCUAACAGGUCAACUCUCUCCUCUUAACUAGAAAUUAUGGCACCUCCUACACUUAAAUGCACUAAGCAUCUCCAAUUACAGGCCUGGCACCCCAAGCUGACCCGAUACCUCCAAAAAUGUUCCAGAAUUGCUGAACACUGCUGGAGAAAGUCUCAUUCUGCGUCUGACUUCCUGCACUAUAAAUUUAUUCUGCGCUCCUACAGUCUGGCUCUUUCCACUUCAAAAGAAAACUACUCCAAUACACUCAUAACCACACUCUCCCAUGAGCCCAAAUGACUGUUUCAUGCUUUUAUCUCUCUUCUGCACCCUGUCGUGCCGCCUCCUCCUACCAACUUGACUGCUACAAACUUUGCAACUCACUGCACUGAGAAGAUUUCUAGAAUCAGGGAAGAUAUCUCUCAUCUCUCUCCAUCCACUGCCAACUUUUCCCCUAACCACACUCCCUCAGCUGUCCUAUGCUCAUUUGCACCCGCUACAGCAGAAGAUGUUUCCUACCCCACCACCUGUUCCCUCGUUCCUAUUGCCUCGUAUCUCAUCCGCACUUUGUCUCCUUUUCUUGCACUGCCUCUCACUAAAAUUAAAAAAAAAUCCAUCUCCUCUGGCACAUUUCCUCUACCCUUCAAAUAUGCAACCGUAACCCCGAUUCUGAAAAAGCCCAACCUUGACCCUGAUUCCCUAUCCAACUACCGCUCCAUCUCGCUACUGCCGUUUGUCUCUAAGAUCCUUGAGCGAGUUGUGUAUUCGAGAUUGACAGACUUCCAUGAAUCCAACUCUCUGCUUGACCCACUUCAAUCUGGAUUCCGCGCUCGUCACUCUAUGGAAACAGCUGUGACCAAAGUAUACAAUGAUCUUAUCACUGCUAAAUCCCAUGGUCACUACUGUAUCCUAAUUCUCCUUGAUCUUUCUGCUGCUUUUGACACUGUUGAUCAUCAACAGCUUUCUCGUUCUCCAUAAUCUCGGUCUACGAAAUACAGCUCUCUUCUGGUGCUCUUCCUACCUCUCCCAGCGCUAAAUUCAGUGUCUCUUUCUCUGGUUCUGCCUCUUCUCCCCAAUCCUUCUCUGGUGGUGUUCUUCAAGGGUCUGUCCUUGGUCCCCUAUUGUUCUCAAUCUACACUGCCUCCCUUGGUAAACUCAUCAGCUCCUACGGCUUCCAGUAUCAUUUCUAUGCGGAUGACACGCACAUUUAUCUGUCCUCCCUUCUCACCAUCACCACAUUGCAGGGUCUAGCAAGCCAUUAACAUAGCAAGGGAUAUAAUUAAACAGAACUUGCAAUAAAGAAAGGAUCAACUUUAGAUGACUCUUUACAGGAAGUGUUUAGGAAGGCUGUGCAAGUCACAUGCAGGGAGGUGUGACUAGGGUUCACAAACAAAGUGAUUUAACUCAUAAAUGGCAGAGAAUUGAGCAGUGAGGCUGGAGGGGCUUGUUCUAAACACCAAAACUGCUUCAUUAAGCUAAAGUUGUUUUGGUGACUAUAGUGUCCCUUUAACCCCUUAAGGACACAUGACAUGUGUGACAUGUCAUGAUUCCCUUUAAUUCCAGAAGUUUGGUCCUUAAGGGGUUAAGUUAACGUUGUUUUGGUGACUUUUGUGUCCCAUUAAAUUUGGAAUCCACUUUGAAUUUACCUUGAAUUCUCACUUUAGUGGGUUCUACAAGCAAAUUGAUAAAGAACUAGGACUUGAUAUUAAGGACUUUUACCACUGCUCAAUUAAGUAUCUGGUGCCACACCUGGCCAUUGUUACAAAUUACACUGCAGUAAAUUAAGACUGUGAAAGUAAAAUAUACCUCAUUCUUGUGACCAUAAAAGUAGACCACAUAAUACAAUAGUAUUCCAUUUGCAUUACACAUUUUUAUGGGUCAGCUUUUACAUCUUUUUUAUACUAUUCUAUUGCUGAUCAGGUUGUUUAAAGGGUUAUCCAAUAUUUAAAGUACUGCUGCCAUGUAUAAGUGUAUUCUUAGCGUAUUAAUUCCUUUGAUACCUCUAAUGUUUGCAUAUUUAUAGUUUCAAAAAAAAAAUCUAAAAACUUUGUUUGAUUUACAGUUUACACGAACUUGUAAAACAUGAAGAAAAUGGAUUUAUAUUUGAAGAUUCAAAAGAACUUGCUGAACAGUUACAGGUAAUGGAACUGCUUAUGGUAGGGUUAGGUAAAUACAUCUCCCUUAAUGCACUUACAGACAUAAUGCUGUCCACAUGUAAAUGUAGUCCACACCAUCUGGAGUUGCAAAGGUUGCCUACCCAUAGCUUAUGGCAGUAUAUGCCAAGUAUCUGUGUUGGAGAUGGAAAACUGAGAGAUGCUGUCUUUAUGAUCAGGGCCCUUAUGAACAGUCAUGGUUGUCAAGGUUGCCAGUCUAGGUUGCCAGGUGAUCCUGGGAAACCUGGACUGUUCGGAAAGAUCAAGUUUCUCGUUCAUCGUGUAAUAUGCCGCCACUGGAGGCGACACAUGCAAGCAUGUAAAGGUUUUAUGCUGGGGAAUGUCUGUGGGGGGGUACAGAUUUGUAUUCCUAACACUAUAGAAUCUCUUUAAUACUGCUGCACUUUUACAUUACCUGUUAUUUGAUCUGGCAUCAUUUUGUUGAUCAUGAUCUAAUUGUUAUUUUGCAGGUAUUAUUUUCAGAUUUCCAGAGUGAUUCAUGCAAAUUAAACAGAUUUCGUCAAAAUCUACGAGAAUCAAAACAAAUGCGCUGGGAUGAGAGCUGGGAUCAGACUGUACUUCCAAUCAUUAGAGGAUGUUCCAAAGCACAAUGAUAGCCAAGUUACUGUUAAUUUUCUAUUGAAAUAAGGUUGUUUUUUUUUGUAUAAAUAUGUUUAAAUCCAAAUGCAAUAGUUUGUCUUGUGUUUUAUGAAACAAGUGUUCUAUAAUACAUAUACCACUCUAUUAUAUUGAUUGUUAUCAACACUGGAUAAAGAAAAAAAUUAUAUGUAUAUCUAGCUGUAUCUAUCAGUCACGCGCUCUCUAUAUAUAUCUAUCUGUCUCUCUAUG